GAGCGGCGGCCCGUGUACACAGCGGCAACGCGGCAGCAAGGAGAAGGACAGGCCCUCUCGCCCGGCCUGUACGCGGGGUCCUCGCUCCCUUCUCACCUCGGGGCCUCUGCACUUCUCCACCCGCUGCAAAAAUGGCAGAGGUGAGCCCCUUCCUCACGGUGCAGCCUCUUCCGUAUUUCCCUCCUCCUCCGCCGCUCUAGGGCUCCCCCUCCCCUUCAUUACCUUUCCUUAACAACACAUUUCCCCCUAUCCAUCCAUACCUAGGAAUCGCCUCCUUUCUCCCCAAAAGGAAACAAGGGUUACUGGGCGCCCUCUCAGGUACUGUAUUUCCACGUCCCCCUUCUGCUGCCUCCACCCCCCCCCGCCCCAAUACUAUGGAAGAAGUAGAAGAAUAUCUUCUUUCAUUUGCCAGUCGCAGUAACAUACAUGAUAGCGUGAUUUUCGCCAGUUUUCAUAGAUCUAAACUUUGCACGCUUGUAGGUAGGCUCACGACAAUGUCCUUUCUCACCUUAUUUUAUAAAGACAUGGGGUGUCAAAAAAAACCCCUCAUCCCAUCCCCUUGAGUAUGUACACACACCACACAUUUCCUCGUCAGAACUCAAGGAUGUUCUCUCACUACCUUGCACCAUUAUUGUACGCAGAAGUAGUAUGGUUUAAGAAUGGUGAAAAAGUGGGAUUAUAAUCUGAGUUAGUGAUGGAGCCAGGUAGAACUUUGUUCUGAGUUAAUUGCUCCAGAAUAGUUUACAUGUCUGAUCAUACACCUGUUUUAAGCGUUUCGCUCUCCACACUUUCCCAUGCCCAGUUCUUCUUCGCUACCCAUCAUUGUGUCCUAGAAUUCCUGUCAAUGAAUUUGUCUAAUUUGUUUUACCCUUCUUUUCCCAGAAUGACUCUCUUAACUUGUUUCUCCCACAUCUGUAUUCCAUCCUGCCCUGUAUUCUAUCUCUGUCAUCAUUCUCCAUUUCGUUUUCUAUUCCUUUUACUAUCCUUUCUUCUAAUUAUCACUUGCUGACAUCUGACAGUGACUGGAGGAAAGUUUUUCUCCCUCCUCUCAUAACACUAGAACAUCCAGUGAAGCUGGAUGUUGGGAAAUUCAGGACACCAAAAGAAAGUACUUUAUGCAGCACAGUUAAGCUAUGGAGUUCCUUCCCCCAGGAGGCUGUGAUGGCCACCGACUUGGGUGGCUUUAAAAGAGGAUUAGACCAAUUCAUGGAGGAUAAUGCUAUCAGCGGCACUAGCUAUAAUGAUUAUUCCUUUCCUCCAUGAUCAGAGACACUAAUGCUUCUGAAUGCCAGUUGCUGGAAACCACAGGAAGAGGGUAGUGGUGCUCUUGCGCUCAGGUCCUUUCUUGCUGAUUUCCCACAGACGUCUGUUUGGCCACCAUGAGAACAGGAUGCUGGACUAGAUGGGCCAAUUGGCCUGAUCCAGCAGGGUUCUUCUUAUGUUCAGUUUCCCUUUUCGUUCUCAUAAUGCCUUCUCUAUGUAUAUUGGUGAUUGUUCUUUAAAGCGUGUUCACUGCUUUCCUGUCAACCAUUUCCCCCGUGGGCUUGAGCAGACAACAAUAACUCCAAAAAACAUUUGUAGCGCUGAACUUGAAAUGGAGAGAAAAAACGUCAGGGGCACCAACUCUCUUUUGUACUGGUGGAACAUGUGCUGAUCCUAUGGGUUGUCAGUUUAGUAAGAAAUCAACAUGUGGACUAAUCUUUGUGUAUUGUUGAUGGCCAAAAAAUAAAAUAAAAAAUCCCGGAAAGCAUUUAACACCACUAGCCAUCCCAAGGUCCCCGCCUCUAUUCCAUUUUUGUCGGUCUGGAUCUCUUUUCUGUCUCUUGUUUGUAGUUCCCUACCUGCUCACUUUCUCUUCCCCUCCUUAUAUCUUUCUUUUGCCCCCUCCUGCUUUUACCCCUUCCCUCAUCCCACUACCUUCCUUCUCUCUCUGUCUCAUAACAACUUUGCUAAGGCACUUGGGAUGGAGUGAGAACUCAAGUUUGUUGUCUAUUACUGGUUGGUUGAUCUCAUGUUUUAAAGGAUGCUUUAUGCUAUUUUAGUCAUUAUGCAUAUAAGAUUAUUUUAAUGAUUUGUCGAUAUUUUACUGUCAAAGCUUCCUCCCUGGGGACAGUUGGUAAAGGGUGGGAUAGAUAGACUCAAAAUAAACAAAUGACUCCUUUUUUGUUUCUCUUGUUUUGUAUGUCUGUUAUUAUUUCAAUCCUCCUUUCUUUCAUCUCUCAAGUCUUUAUUUUUCUCUCCCCCCCUCACAUUCUGCAAGGGUUUCUUUAAGAGAGGCCAUUUUUUGUGUGUCUUCUAGUACAGUUGUCCUAUGCACCUUGUAGCUAACAAUCUUUUUGUCAUUUCAGCUAGCCGUUGCCUUUUCCCUUAGUUUUGUCCUUUAUUAAUUGAAAUGUUCCCAGCCUGUGUUUCUUGAUACUCUGGGCAAACGGGGGGCAAUAAACCAAGCUUUAUAGGCUGAAUAACUGAGUUUGGCAUGAACUCAGACAGGGAGAAUAAAACAGAGGCAGCCUCACUGCUCUCCUUAGCCCACAAAACAUCUUUACUUCCGUUUGAUUUCACACAUAUUUUUCUGUCAGCAAGUAGUUUAUCAUGAGUAGAGAAUACUAUUACAUUUUAAGCAUUGUGAAUUGAAAUAGUUUUAUGGUGAGGUGCAAUAUUGUGUGCUAUAGGCUCAGUGGCGGCAUGGUGAUACAAUAGUGAUAUAUUGGCUUCUAUAGCUAAAAUAUAUUAGUUGAAACAAAUGGGAUCCUGUUCUCCUCUCUCCACAUCUUUCUCACUUCCUUCCAGUUGAUCAGCAUUCAUGCCCACUGAGCAUGCUCAGUUCUCAUUGAACUGUUCUGGGGUUUCCCCCCUCCAUUUUGGAUUUUUCUUUGUGAGUUGGGAUGGACACACUUGUGCACAGUUCUGGCUGGGUGAAAAUAUUGGAUUUUUCUAUUUUUGUAGGCAGUUCUCACUUCUUAGAAAUUCAAUUGUUGGGGCUGUUUACAGUACAGUAUUUUUACCUCUCAAAUCAGUCAGCGUUAUGUGGUCAUUGAGUCCUCAUUGGACUCCUUCAGGCUCCCUUACAGAUGGGGUUUCCGGUGUGGGAUUUGUGUGCACCACAGCUUCCUCAGAAACCUCCCCACUAGUUACCUGUCAAGCCCCUCUGCUUGUCUCUUUUUUUUAAAGAAACGAGGGUUUGUGUGCUCUUUUGUUUAGGAGGGAUUGUCUUUUUAGGGGUGUUUUAAAAAACUUUUUAUUUUUUUGAGAUGUGUAUAGGUGUUUUGCUUUUUGCCCGUUUUCUUUCUUUGAAGAGUCUGAGAAUCUUCAGUUUUUUCUUCUAAGAAAUGGGUAUUAUGUGGUGCCCACGACAGUUUCUUAAAUUUCUAAGUAUGGCCCUGAGCCCCAAAAGGUUGGGGAUUCCUUAUCUAUUUAUUAAAAUGUGAUGUUUAGUGAUCUGUGUGAUUUUAUGUAAGAAUAAUUUAGGCUGCAGUAUUAUACUCACAUGGAGGUAAAUUGUAUUAAACUCAAUGGGGCUUACUUACUUUUGAAUACAAAUAGCAGUGUUUUUUAUUUCAGACCAACUUAGUUAUUGAAAAUGUAAAAAACUCAAAAUGACUUACUUCUGAAUAAACAUGCAUAGGAUUAUACUGCAAAUCAGUUUCUUUUCUUCAGACCUGUGGUUUAUCCAACUUAAAUUCAAUAUCUUGUUUCCAAUAGUUGUUUCAGAGGAAGUGUACAGAAAUGUAGGACAAACAUUGUCAAACAAAUGCUUCCAGGCUGUGGCAUGUAAACCAUGCACUGUAACCUGCCAGGUCCUAGAUAUACUCUCUAACUUCCUGGGACUACAAAGUAUUGAUAAGCCUAGCAUUAUUUUAAGGCCGAAAUGGUGUUGAUUCCCCCAUCCCAAGUAACUGCUUAGUGAAGAAUUGAAGAACAGCAUACUUUGAAGUGACAUCUUCAAUGAAUAUACCGUAUGAUCAUGAAAACAAAGACAGCAGUUGUGAUAUAAACACUGGAAUCUUUAAAAGUUGUGUUUUAUAAUUGGAUACUUUGUGUAAUGGUAAGUCUUUAUAGAUGGGCUGAAGUCAUGUUUAAAAGACUCUGCUUGCCUAAAGGAUUGUGCAUUUAAAAUAGGAUGGAAUGUAAGCUUCAUAUGGUAUGAGUUGCCAUAAUCACAGAUGUUUUAAUCAAAAGGAGGUACCUUGGAGCUAUUAUACCAAUAUCUUGGGACAUGUCAUUAUCUUUAUCAAGAUGCCUUUGGUGACUGACUGAUAGAUUCUUUCUUUCCUUUCAUCCAGGAAAAAUAUGACAAACCUGCAAUAGAAGAAAAUAUCUUUGAAGCGUUGGAAAAAGACUUCCAAGAAGUCAUCAAUGAGCUUACAGGAGAUCAAAGCCUUGAGAAAUUUCGCGUGGAAUAUGAGAAGCUCCACACGGUGCUAAGAAAGUCCUAUGAGAAUGAAAAGCGUCUCAUGGCAAAAUGCAGGGAACUGAAUGCAGAGAUUGUGGUGAAUUCGGCUAAAGUGGCUACUGCCCUGAAACUCUCACAGGAUGACCAGACAACAAUAGCAUCUCUGAAAAGGGUAAAGGAAGCAAAACAUGACAAAUGCAUAACUGAGGCCAUAGGAGGUCUUGAACCUGUAAAAUGUUAGCACUUUCAUGAUCCUUAGUAUGAUGAUUUGGUGUGAGUUACAGUUUGUAGUGGAAGUUGAUGUCCCUUUACUGUUGAUCUCAGCUCUUCUAAUUCUGUUAAUCAUCUGUGGUGGAGAGGGAAGAUCAGAUUAUGCAGAAAAACGCACGGCACCUAUGCUAAAUAUUUAAUAAUACAUAUUUAAACCAUACAUUCACAUUCAGUUACAUUGACUUUAUUCUCAUGUCACUUGAAACAGUUGUUAAACUAGAGUAUAAUGUAAAUGUAUAUGUGUAGUGUACGCAUGCUGAAGUUGUGGGUCCUUGCUACUCCCCCUGUUCUUCUUCUGUAACAUUCCUAGAAAAGUUUUUAAUGAGGUCAGUGUUCAUCAUCAAACUGGCAUUUUCGGAAUGUAGGUCAAAUGAACCCAUGCAACGUUUGGCAUGUGGUAAAGCUAUUGUGUGAUUGUUUCAUCACAUACAUGCCUCUAGUUUUCAACAGAAGCCACAUUUACAGUGUAACAGCAAAAGUGCUGAAAGUGAGUUUAAAAGAAUAUGCAGGAAAUGGACUACUGCGUAUGUCAGACUGCUCAGAGCGACACAACCUACAUUUACAAUGUGCUAAUUUUAUAGUGUGAAUUUGGUAAAAAUAUAAUGUAUUUAUAUAUCUAAUUUUAGGGGCUAGCAUAAGAUUAAUUCUAGUAGAUCUAACAGGUUUUUGCAAUCUUUUUGUUUUGUAUCUUCAAUCAGUCAUACUUGAACUGCUUAUUUUAUUAUCUUACCAUAUUAAUACUUCUUUGUCCUUUUACCCUGAUACAAAAAGGAACAACCUUGUGUUCCUCCAUCUGAAAUAAAACAAACAAACAAGAGGACACUUUCAUAAUGUUGUGUAUAGUCAUGCUCUAGCCAAAGUAAAUGACAAAAACAAAAGCCCAUUUGGGUAUUAAGAUGUCCUUCAUCUGAGUGUACAGACUCCUUUGACUAUGUCAAUGAGAGCAGGAAGAGUAUGGAGAUGAGAUGAGCAAUUACAUUAUGCACCAAAUUAUCCAGUUGUGCCACUGUGGUCCUUUGGGAACUUUUGGGAAUGUACAGUAAAGUUGCAGCUUAAGGCUAAUUGAUUGGACCAUUUUUCACUUAGGCAGGUGAAAUAUGACACCUUUUACUUAGGCAGGUGACACUGAUUUUAAUGAAACUAUUAUGACAGUAUUGUAAAAAAUAACUGAUAUCAUAGAACUGUAGAAUCUAUUUGAUGGCUUGCUUUGGGGCUGCAGUGCUAAGAAAAAACAUCAAUGAAAUUUUGUGGGGUUUUAAUGGGAUAAAGAGUGCCUGGCAUGCUCUGGUCCAUGGGGUCACGAAGAGUCGGACACGACUAAACGAAUAAACAACAACAACGGGAUAAGGAAUAUUCCUGUAAAAUAUUAUUUUCCCCUUCAUCUGCUUUGUUGAACAAAUUUGUUCCUUAAACAAAUGUAAAUGUUACAUGGAUAUUAAAUACUAUUUUAAAACAUGGAAUUGCACCAGGAUUAAUUUUAUGGCACCAGCAUAAAUGGGUGAUUUCAGGACUAAAGCAGAGGAAAAUCUCACUGCCUGCUGUGAGCAUGACAAUUAUCACCCCACUGCAGGGCUGUUAUUUGCAUUUUAAAGAAAUGAAUAUUAAAUAUAAAGCUGCAUUUAAAACUAAAUCUAGAUUGGCCCUUAGAUUCUAAACACAAAAAUAGUUCGUCUGAGGCUAAUUCUUCUGUUCUUAAACAUAUUGUUAGUUACAUGUAUAAUGCUUUAUUGAACUGGACAGUAAGCUUAAUAUUAUCACUUCAAAAUCAAACAAUAUUUACAUAAUAAUGAGAUGUGGUAUGAGAGCAUAGAACAUAGAAGAAAUAUGGUAGAUGAAAACACAUUUCAAAAGCUUUAUGAGAAUCCUUUAGAGUGCUUGCCUUUUUACUCAAAUUAUCGUUCUGAGCUGUCCCAAAAAAGAAGAGAAGAAGCUAAGAUGUGGUAGCAAGCAGCUUUCCUGACCCAAGAGCCACAGAUAUUAAGGGGAUGACCUUCUUACUACCUGAACUCUCUCCAUACUUUUAUGAUUUGAUGGACUAGUAUAUGAUGGUUAACAAAGAAAGGGAAAAAAUCCCUGGCUAUGUGCUGGAAAUAAUAUCCCAAACAGUAGAUUUUAAGUUCUAUGACAAAACACAUGGCUUCAGGUCAUGGUUGAGUACCCUUCUUUUGACCCACAUUGUUUACAGGCUAGCUUAACCAUAACUUGCUUUGCAUUUUACUCAUUCUCCCAAAUAUUCAUAUCACGUUUACUCAUUUAUGAGAUCAGCAAAAAAUAUUAAAAAUAUUAGCUAGCUUUCCCCUGAAUUUCUUGUUUGAAUCAAAUAGAAUCAUAGAAUCUUAAGAGUUGGAAGCUACCAUAAGGGUCAUCUAGUCCAACCCCCUGCAAUACAGGAAUCUCAGCUAAAGCAUCCAUGACAGAUGGCCAUCUAGCCUCUGCUGAAAAACCUCCAAGGAAGGAGAGCCCCCCACCUCUAGUGGGAGUCUGUUGCACUGCUGAACAGCUCUUACUGUCAGAAAGUUUCCCCCCGAAUGUUUAGUUGUCAUCUCAUUCUGGAAUUUUUAAGAGAAAAGCUGGAUUUUAAAAUUAUGAUUAUAGAAAUGUUGGGCAAAAUAUGGAUAAACUUGGCCACGGAUUCCAGUGGACUUUAAGCAAGAUUCAUGCUGAUGGAAAAAAAAAAACUUUGAAAAUACAAUAUAAUUAGGUAUAAUGUUCCAUAUUAGUAAGUAUGGAUUGCUUAAUUGAAAGUACUAAUAUUUACUGGCCAGACAGAAUUGGCUAAUAGAACAGAACACAGAUGAAGACCAAAGGUUGAAAGAAGGCUGAAAACUUUUAUUCAUUAACCUGGAGGAAAAUUAAUUAGCUAAUUGUUCAUUUUUAAUUAAAUAUAUGAAACUGUUUUCUUUAACCAUCCACAGGAGAUCGAAAAGGCCUGGAAAAUGGUGGAUGCAGCUUAUGAGAAGGAGCAGAAAGCAAAGGAAACCAUCCUGUCUCUUAAAGAGGAAAUCGUGAACUUGACUAAAUUAGUGGAGCAAGGAUCUGGAUUAUCAUUGGGUCAGGAGCAUAAGUGAGUUGCAUCCGGAGAGGACUGGGAGAAAUUGCCAUUCAUUGAGACUACAUUUGAUAAAGAUAAUGCAAAUAAUCUUGCAAAAACCUGCACGUAUUAUCUCUUAGGUGGGAAAAUAUAUUUCAUGUGUGAAAAGCUGUGUGUUUGCACCCUCAGAAUAGCUUGAUAAAUUUUAUUCAAAAGCCACAGCAGUCUAUCCCCUAGCCAGGAUGCCUUAUGUGCCCCCUCCCAGCAAGCUUUUCUGCCACUGAUUUUAGCAGUGGUAAAAAUAAAAGAAGCAUGGCACUGGGGUGGGCAGAAAGAUUUAAACUCCUUGGCCAAGUCCAGUUCCCUGAUGAGAAUGCAAAUUGCCUCUUCCUGGUCUUCAGAUCAACCAUAUGAUGAGUGGGGAGAGGGCAGUAAUAGGGGGGGGGCCUGUGUGCCCACACACAUUUUUCCCAACACCUACCACUGGUAUGUGGUCCCCAGAGUGUUUGCCAAAGGUGAAUGUGGCCUUCAAACCCAGAAGCACUUGCCACCCCUGAUCUAGGAUUUAUGUUCUGGGGAAUGUUAGGCCAUGGGGGCAUCUUCAGUCUCCGCAUUGAUUAGUACUUUGGCCACCUCAUGAGAAGAGAAGACUCCCUGGAAAAGACCCUGAUGCUGGGAAAGAUGGAGGGCACAAGGAGAAGGGGACGACAGAGGAUGAGAUGGUUGGACAGUGUUCUUGAAGCUACAAACAUGAGUCUGACCAAACUGCGGGAGGCAGUGGAAGACAGGAGUGCCUGGUGUGCUCUGGUCCAUGGGGUCACGAAGAGUCGGACACGACUAAACGACUAAACAACAACAAUCCUUGAAAAAUGUUAAGAAAUUGUUAGUGUGCAACAGUGUGAUUGGUAGAUGGGAAAGCAGUUGCCACAACCAUUUGGUAUUGGUAUAUUAGCUUUAACUUGUACUGUUAAUCUUGUGAUUUUAGGUUUGCUGCUGGGAGCACCUGUGUAACAGUAGCGUAGCAGUUGCCAACAUACUUGGAGCAUAAGUUCAAGCUGCCUUCCACAUGGGUUUUCAGUUGGAACCCAGUGUCUUUCAUCGUUACUCAGUGUGUCUAACUUUUACUGUUGAUAAUAACAAUAAUAAGCAGUCAGUGCACAUGGCACCUUCCCUGUGGGUCCCUGCUUUGAGGAGCUGACAAUCUAAAUUUUAGCACUGCAGUAUGUAGUUGUUUCAUUUACUGUGCUACUGUAGUUGUACAGUUAAUAGUUAAUGCAGGGCACAGGAACUAGAGAGCUUUGCCAAACGCUUCAUGGAAAAGGUGGGAAAGUAUACUGGUCAGCAGGGGAGAAAGGGAAGUCUUCUUUGUUGGUCAGAAGGUCUUUGGAGGGUCGACGGUGCUGAAGCCGGAUGACCAGAUAUCCUGGGCAGAUUAUGUUCUUGUCUGUACAUCGCUUGGAUCCUGGACAUUUAUGUGUCAUGUAAUAUCUCAGACUAGCUGAGAAAACAUAUUCAAAUCCAAAGGGAGACACCCAAAAAACAGCAAGGCAGGAGUAGAGGAGUGGGCAUACAGUGAACAUGCUGCAGAGCAGUUUAGAGUUCUGAUCAUUAGGUUGGAAGGAACUAAGUUUGAAUCAUGAAUUCAGCUGAAGAAUAAAAACUACUGGGUCAUGAUUUUUGCUACUAAGUAGUAAUAGGGUGUUUUUAGUAAAUGUUCACAGACAUGCAAUUUAGUUGACAGGUUUUGUGAGCUAAUAGAAGGGGAGUUUCAUGUAAAGCUGUUAUAUCUUUACACUAUCAUUUCCCACAAAGUACCUUUUGCGGAGAAUACGGAGAAGUUGACUUAGAUAUUUUUUUCCUUCACAGCCUGCGGGAAUUGCUAAAAUUCAAGGAAGAAGUAACAAAGGAGCGAGACCAGCUUUUGUCAGAGGUUGUAAAGUUACGUGAAAAUGUAACAAAUAUGUCAGAUCAACAGCACGAAGCAGAAAUGACAAAAACUGUGGCGGAACAAACCAUUGCUGAGGUCUGUGUAAACCUUAUUUGCUGUCACUUUUGUCUUUGUCUAGAAGGCUUUCAAAGCUUGCCAAUUUGUCUCUAUUAACUACCACCUGCUAUUUUACUUCCUAAACCUUUUCCAGGUGGGUUGGUGAGAAGUCAUCAUCAGUGCAUUUAAUCUCUUUCAUUGAUCUCUGACAUAUCUUUUUCAGAACAGUUUUCCUUCUGUAGGGGACUUAAAUGUUUGCCAAAUCUGCACCAACCGGAGCUGCUGCUUUAUAAAUACUGAGAAGACAUGUUCCUACUCUGCUGAGUUUAUAAUCUAGAUUAGAUUGAGGGGAGACAUCAGGGGAGAGGGCAGAAUGGAGGGAGGAAUAGGUUUUUAACUUUAGGUAGAGUGGGAGGGGAAAGCCUGAGAACCAGGGUUCCUUCUUCUGCUGGUUCCAUCCCUUUUGCUUGCAUCCCAUCUGGCAUCCCAUCUGAGUUUUGUGAUCAUUUCUUUCUUGUACUUGUAAAGCCCAUAUGGGUUUGUGGGGUAGAUAGUGGGGUGUUCAGUGAUCUCUAGACUUUCUUGCCCCUCACUCCUGAAACAUUCCUUUCUCUGUUCAUCAGAUCACUUAUUUGUCUUCCCCGAAGUCUCCCUAAAACAUAUUUUGUUUCACAAAACCAUUCCUUAACCAACUGUGCUUCACCCUCACCUCCAUUCUUCAUGUGAAGCAUUGACUUUAUCUCAUUAGCCCUACUUUGGCUGGGGUUCUGAUCAAUUUUACUGUGUAGCGACAUGGGUAGCACUGUGGACUAAACCACCUUGGGCUUAUCUAUCGUAAGGUCAGCAGUUUGAACCUGCGCGACAGGGUGAGCUCCCAUUGCUUUGUCCCAGCUCCUGCCAACCUAGCAGUUCAAAAGCAUACCAGCGCAAGUAGAUAAAUAGGUACUGCUGCGGCAGGACGGUAAACGGCGUUUCUGUGCUCUCUGGCUUCUGUCGCGGUGUCCCAUUGCGCCAUAAACAGUUUAGUCUUGCUGGCCACAUAACCCGAAAAAAGCUGUCUGCAGACAAAUGCUGGCUCCCUCGGCCUGAAAGUGGAGAUGAGCGCCAUACCCCAUAGUCAAAUUCAACUAGACUUAACUGUCCAGUGGUCCUUUACCUUUUACCUUUACCUUACUGUCCAGAUGCUGUGUAAAUUGUUUAAAUAGCAAAAAGUAGAAUGCCGAACUUAUAUGUGGGUAAAAUAUACACUUACUGAUUCCCCUGAUUAAAAGAAAAAUAUUUUUUUGCCAUUUCCUCCUCUAUUGCUGUUUGCAGCUUAAUCAGGAAAUCCAGUUGCGUCAGAAUGAGGCUUCAAGGGAGGCCCGAAGAAAAGAAAAAAUGGAGAGGGAACUAAAACAGCAGCAGAUGGAAUUAGACAGUAAAUUGGCUGAAAUGAAGGCAAUGCAGCAGAAUAUGAAUAGAAACAAGGAGGAACUCCUGAGAAUUGAACAGCAGCUCAAGGAGCAAAAGGUAAUGUAGAGUCUGACAUUGAACUUCCUUAAAAACACACACACAUAGACUCUUCAGAUCAAGGUCAGAUUUUCAGGAGAGAAUGAAAACACUUGGGGAAACGAAACACUUUCUUUUUCUUGGUCAUAUAUUGCUAAUGUAGAUUUUGACAAAAAUCCCACCUGCUCCCUCACUCGCACUGAAGUAAUUUGAGAAUGCCUUCUAAAGAUUUGUGGCAAAAUAGGACAAUAAAGCCACAUGCACAAAAUUACAUCCUGGUCCCUUGGGUUUGUUAAAAGUAUCUCUGAGUGUGAGCCUUUAGUUACAUGACAUGAGAUAAAUGAAUGCCUAACUGUGGGAUCCUGUAACAUGGGAAGCAAACAUGGUUCCCUACUGUUGGACCCCAUCUCCCAAUCCAACAGCAUCUGGACUGUACCCCCUGCCCCACUGUAAGAUGACAGGGUACUUCCUGUUUCCUCUGAGGUCUGCCAAGGAACAAAUAUGAGAGCAGGAAUCAGGAAGGAUUCUAAAGAUGGGACUCAUGUCUGGUUUGUAAAAUUAUCCAGCAGCACAUAACACAGUUUUACAUAUGUGAGUCUAGCAAUACCCAUUAAGAGCCUGUUGAUAGUUCUUGAAAUUAUGGUCUUUCCUUUGUUGCUUUUUUAAAAAAAAGUUGCAUUGAAAAUGUGGCAGCUCUGGAUAGUGACUGGUAGUUGCAUUUAUGUCUUAUUAAAUGGGCUACUAGCUUUCUACUGAAUAUUUCUAUGAACUUGAUUCAGAUGCGUUUGAACCUUUUUAGUGGAUACAUUAAAAUGAAUAUGCCAUAUUUUCUUGUAUAUAAAUGAAUUUUAUCAGAAAACUCACCAGAAUGUAUUUAGUUUCUGUAGGUCUUCAAGAACUCACUUUGGAAAUUUCAGUGUCUCAGGGUAUAUUCACACACAGUUGGUUUAAGCAGCAUGGCAUCUGUGGGGGAAAAUCAGCUUAUGCUGACUUAUUAUUUGACUUAUUAUUGUGUGAAUGCUGCUUUUUUGUGCAAAGGGAUACUCCACAUUGCCACCUUUGUGGUGUUGGGCCAGAAGCUGAUUUUGGCUGAGAAGAGCAUGUGUAUGACUGUCUCGGUGUGGACUGAUGCAGCUUGAGUAGCAGAAGCUGAUGUUUUUCUGCAGUUGCCUCAAACUAAUAAAACAUAAGAAUGGACUUUCACUUCUGCCUAAAACAGUGUUCAUGCUCUGAUGCCAUGGCUCACCAGACUGUCAUUUCAUACUAGUAUAUUUCUUAACAUAGAAUUGUUGCUCAUUUCCCUCUGAAAUAUUGAAGCCUGCAGAUAAAUAGGGAAGCAUGGCAAUGCUAUUUUCCUAUCUGUCACUUGAGAUGUGAGGUUAGCUGUCAGAAUGCUGGUAAAGAUCUUUAGACAGAAGUUGCUGUCAGAGUGCAAAGUGUUCAUUUUUAACAACCAAAAUAUCAUUUCUUAGCAUUUUUCUGGUCAGGCUUUAAAAUGGUCUAGAUUAUUUUUUCACUUCAUUUCCCCUGAUGUUGCAAAGCCCUAUGAGAAGCAAUUUUAGUAAACAGUAAAAGAGGUUUGGUAAUUGUAAAGCAGUUUCUUCCUGGAACAAAAGUCUUCCUGGAGUUGCUUGUGUCAUGCAAAUGUAUAGUCCUUCCUUCCAUUCCCUGAGUGUAUUUGGGUAGACGUCUGUGACAGGUGUUCAUUUAGAUGAAGUUUUUAAUAAAACCAAACACAGAUUCAGUGUAUAUGCAGAACUGAAAGGAAAAUUUUAUUGUCUCUGUCAAAUGCAUUGGCCUUUUAAAAUAUUUUAAAAUAGUGUGGUGAUCCAUUUACACAUUAUGAAUGGUAAUUGUGGGCCAGGCCUGGCAUAGCUAUUAGCAGCCACAGAAUGGCGCCAAGUUUGCUUUACUAACAUGCUUCUCUGCUCCCAGAAUGUAUUGUGUGUAUUGAUUUUAAUCAGUCUGUCAGAUAGUGAUGUCUUGCUACCCUUUUCUGUCCAUCCUACUGAGGUAACUGAAUUUCACUGGAAUAUGCACUUCUAUGGACUCAAGUAAUUAUGAGCAUGUUGAACAUAUGAAGUUGCUUUAUAUAAAAAUUUGGGGUCUAUCUAGACUAGUAUUGUGACAGGCACCCCUGAAGGUGCACUCUUCCAUUGUCUCCCAAGACAGACGGACGCCAACCCAUCUAGACCAAUAUUAUGACAGGCAGUGGUGUAUCAUGGUCUUAGGGGCAGUCUUUACCAGCUUUACCAACUGCAAUCCUUUGCCUUGAAAUGCUUGAGAUUGAGCCUGGGAUCUUCUGUAGUGAUACAAUAUGUAGUCUACCAUCUCAUAAUAGUCCCUGCUUUUUAUUAAUGUAGCAUAUGUCUGCUAAGAGUUAUAAUUUAUUUUCAUGAUUGCUGAUAAAAACCAUUUGACUCUAUUGCUCAUUUGCAGUGAUUACAGGAAGUGUUGUACACUGCCAAAUGUCAAUAAGGCAUCAAAAUAUUUAUUGGCUACCUGUGAGGGAGGCUUACAAAGAUCCUACAAAAAAGAUUAUACCCGCUGAGUUAUUCAUUAGAAGCUGCCACUCUCAUUCCCAGUUUCUGAACAAUUGUCAUAUUUCUCAAAUAGGAUACAUUACUAAUAUGGUGGUAAAUGGCAUUUGAUUAAAAAAAAAGUGAAGGAAUUCUUUUCUCCUUAGAAUCCUUGUAGAAGCUGAGGGUGGUACUAGUAUAUUAUAAAUACAUUUAUGGCUUUGUGCCACAAUUCCACAGAUUCUGAAUGAAAGAGCCACAAAAGAACUUGAACAGUGUACGGCAAGAAAUCUCAAGCUCCAGCAAGAAAAUGAACAGCAUACUUUGGCCAUUGAUCAACUCAUGCAGGAGAACCAGCAGAAAACCACAGAGCUGAGAGUAAGUUCAGUAUGACAUCAGAUACUAUCCCAGUUUCAAAACUGCAUUGUACAAAAUGGCUGCUUGGUAGGUGUGUGACUACUAGAUUAUGUGUCUAGAUGUUUGAUCGCCAUGAGGCUUCCUUUGAAACACAAGUAGCAGCUAUGGAAAGACAAUUCUUAUUGGGACAGAACAUUCUCACCCCCAGUAAGAAUUACAUUACAAAACAUGCACAUGAAUUGCACUGACAUCCAGGAUAGCCCAAACUUUGGAAGUGGUGACAUCAUAAUCUGCUCAUACAACCUUAUUCUUCCUAUUACUGUCUCUUUUCUAUUCCAAUUUGUUCCCUGACCUUUUCUGUUUUUUAUAUUGUUUUUGUGGCAUCUUAGAGAUUCCUGCCUUUCCAAGAUAGGUCAAUCUCUCCUUGAGAUGAAAGGCACUAUAUAUACCUAAGAUAUUGCCAUUGUUCAUCUCUUUUGUCUAAUCUCCAAUCAAGAACACAUCUGCAGUUACAACAUGGUUUCUGUUAAAGAAAAGGACAGAAAACCAAUAGUUUAUUGAGCUUUAGUAAUGUACAACCUGUUCUUCUAAACAGAAGAAGUCAUUUGCUGAUGAAGUGUUUGCUUCCAAGGGGCCUGGUUGGUUAAAACAAUGGAAGCAAGUUCUAGAAGCAUAUAAAAAUAUUUAUCUGGUGUAGUAAAAGGAUUCCAUUUCAGAGUUUCAGGCUAUCAAGAUUAUUUUCUGAUCUAUGUUCAUGUUUAUAAAAAAAAAAGUCAUUAUCAAAAGCUAUUAUUACAGCCGAUGAUCUUCCUUUGGAUAUGAACAAAGAAACUUUUGGUACCUAAAAAGCUAAAAAAUUAAUUGUGCCACAAAUUUCAUCAGAUACAUGGUAGACUCAAGCCUACAAAAGCUUCUGUUGCACAGUUCUAUGAGUGUCAACUUAAAAGUAAGCCUUAUGAGUUUAAUGGGUCUUACUUCCAGGUGCAUAGGAUUACACCCUAAAAUGCCAUAGAACCUUGUUGUUGUUGGCAUAAGUUACCAAUAUUCUAAACUCUUUUCAGGAGUGGGGCUACUGUUGGCUGAUUAGCGAGAGCCCAGAAGAGGGAAUAUAAUACUUUAAAAUAGAUGUUGGCUUGCACCACUCUUUUUGCCAGUGUAAGAUCUGCUGAGUUGCCAGGUCAUGUGACUGAACUAACAGGUUAAGAAUCAGCGUCUCUUGUUAUCCUGUCCCACCCCACCCCUGCAUACGUUUGAGUUCUGCAGGCUGAGUCCCAGCUGAGCCACAAUCAGGGAGUUACAGCAGCUGAACUAGGACAGCCCAGGAUCUUCCUAGUCCAAACGCACUCAUCCUGGUGAAUCUUGGGUUUGGAGUGCACUGUUAGUUCUUCUGUCCAGCUGUCAUUAGGCAAGUGAUGGCAAGCUGAGUACUUGGUACUAAAGCUCAAGAGUGCAGCGGAAGAAAAAGGAUAGAGAGAAAAGAGGAUGAAAAACAAAAGCUGUGCUCUGUAAAGCCUUCAGGGCUCUGAAUAUUUUCAUUUAUUGCAAAUGACAAUGGCUAUUAUAAUUUUUUUUCACCCAACACAUUGCAGUAGGAGCAAAAGUUGAUAUAUACCUUACUAAUUGUUGCCUCUCUAUUCCUGUUCUUUUGUUUUCUGUAGGCGAGAGAAGAUGAGGUGUCUCAGAUGCGUCAAGAGAUUUCAAAACUUUCUAAAGUGAGAGAGGUUAUGCAGCGAAAAUUACGUGCUGUAGAAGAGCAAAAGACUCAUGCUGAAUUCGAAAGGGAUACCCUUAAAAAUCAGAUAAAUGGGCUGGAGAGAGGUAGGAGUCAAAUUUAAUGCAGUGAUAUGGAAAUUUGGUUGGGCAAAACAAUUUCCCCCCAAUAUAUGUCUUAGCUAUACUUCGAGUGUUACAGAAAAAGGCAAGCUCCUGAAUUCCCAUGAUAUGUCAACUGUGGGUUUAUUAUUGUUUAGUUGGUGGUGGCAGGUUGAGGGUAUGACAAUGCGCUUCAGCAUAUCUUAAAAAUAAAUAAAUUCUUGUUUAUUUUUGUAAUGUUUGAAGGAAGUAUGGGAAAGCAAACAUGCAUCUGUGAAAUGUGGGCAGUUGCAGUUCCCCUUGCAAGUAUUUUCCAUACGUUUUGUAUCUGUGAGUCUUCUUUUCAACCAUUUCAGAAAAGACCUGGUUGACAUGCUUGGGAAAUCUGCUAUUAGCCGUUCCCUGCAAGUGCAGGAACUUGCAGUUUCCAGUAGAAAAUAGCAGAAUGCAGAAUUCCAAGAAUUCUGAUGCAGCAGGGCUGAGAAUUGUGCCUAGUUCUAGGAAUACAAUGCAAGUUGUGGGAGCAGCUAUGAAUAUGUAGUUAUGCUUCCUGCCAUAAGGCAGGAAGCCUCGAGUAAAAUUUAAGAUAUUGACGGAUGCCAAAGAAGGAGGUGGACUUGCCCUGCCAGACCCCUAAACUUUGUUGUGAACCAUCUGCUUUUUGCUGGCUGAGAGAAUGGUUGCUUCUUGAAAGCACUGAAGUGUUGGAUAAUGGCAGAUGAAGUUGAUGGACUAUAUGGAAUUGGCGGAAAUGACUGGCAAGAUCCGAGACCAGGGAGAAGAGUCGGGGGAAGAAGACUGGAAAAAGUUUAAAGACUAUUUAUAGAAAUAUUGUAAAAUUAUUGAAUGUUAGAAGAAUGUUGGAAUGAAGUUAUAUGGCUUUAGUAGAAAUGUUAUAAGGAAUUAAGUAUAAAUAGAUUAACAGAAAAUUAAAGGAAAAAAUAAGCCAAGAAUGUGUUAAGAUAAUUAUAGGAUAGAAAACAGAGGAAGAUGGAAAGGAAUUGCUGAAACAAUUAAUAGAAGUGGAAUACAGAAAGGGAGGUGAGAGGAGGUCGUUGGAAAUAAGCUAAUGAAAGAUAAGAUAUUGAAAAUGUUUGAGGUGUUUUUAAAUUGUUUUUGUUUGUUUUUGUUUUGUUUUGUAUGCAGUGUUUUUGUAUUGUAUUUGUAUUGUUCUUUUUUUCUUUUUCUUUUUUGUUUGUAGUGUUGUGUUGAAACUGUUCGAAAAGUAAUAAAUAUCAUUUUUUUAAAAAAUAAAAAAUGAAUAUGUAGUUAUGGUCCACUUCUCUUGCCAGGAAUCCACCAGAGGUUUAUCUCUUGUGUCCUGAGAUGAAAGAAGUCAAUGGAAUAUUAAAUACUUCACUGUAUAAAGGCGAAGUUGAAUCUUCAUUCUCUCAGUCUUAGAAACCAAAUGAGCUUUUCCAAGAGAUAAACAGAGUGAAAACAAGAUAAAAUCACAAUAUAAAAACACACAAUACAGAAUCAAAAUAAAAAACAAAAGCAACCCAAUAACCCCCUAGUAUUUGCCUAGUAUUGUAUCCUGUUGUGAUACAUGCUUUCAUUAUAUAAAUGAAUAAUUAUUAAAGCAAACUUUUAAUUCAGAAAUAGUAAUUUAAAAAAUAAGAAAUGGAAAGUGGGGGUUGUUGUGUAUUAAAUUCUUGCCAUGGAUUCACUUGAUCUGAUUAGACUUUCUUUGUGAUCAAGAGUCUUCUACUUUGUAUGGAUUUUGAGUGUUGCCAGUGAAUUAAUGAAUUAAUAUUUUUUCAGUAACCAGCUGUAUGGAUUAGUGUAUUUCAUCAGGGUUAUCCUGUAUUGCAAGGUUUUUAACCCCACACCCUACAGUAAGCCCAACAAAAUCAGACCUCCCUGCAGCUGCAGUAAGGCCUGGAAAGAAACCUCCCACUGGCAUGUUCAUUUAGGAGACCUUAUUGUUGGAACUACUCCUGGGCCUCCAUACAUCUUAAUUUGGCAGAGACAUACUUAGAGGUUGGUUAGGUUAGCACCUGCCAAGGCCACAGACUCGGGGGGGGGGCAGGGUUGAUGGACAACAAUUGCAGCUCUCUCAGCACCUCAGCGGAACGAUCCUGACAUGGCAUGGGCUGAUGCAGCAACCCUGCAGAGCCCCCUCCCUAGUCUGCAGUGGUACUGUCUGUAAGGACGCUGCUGCUUGGUCCGCUGUCCUAGCACGGCAGCUGCUCCUGUCCCCCCCACCCCGCUCCCUCUGUUUGCCCUGAGAGCGGCCUUUCGGCUGAUGUGGUAACAGUUGAGGCUUUUAAUUCACCAUAGCUGAUUCGCUUUCCCCUGUUUUCUCUCUUGCCUUGACCACUUUCCAGAGUGUGUGCCACUGCAUGUUCACAUCAGAGAGCAAGGGCCAUUGACUUAAGCAGGGCUUACUUCUGAGUAAAGUGUGCACUGGGGCAAAACCUCCAAGUUAGUGCCUUUCUGCUGUCACCUUGUCAGAAGUAAUGAAUAAUCAUAUUGACUUUUAGUUUUAAAGUAAAACUGCGUUUAAAAAAUAACAUCCCAUAAUGUUUUGUUUUGUUCAAGUUAUGCAGUCUGACUCUGAACUCAAGGUUUAUCAACUUUUCCUGUGUUUUAGAGUUGGAAGGUGCAAAAAAACAAGCUGAAAUUGACAAAAAAGCUAUAGAUGAGCUGGUGAGAGAAAGGGACAUAUUGAACAAGGUGAGUGUGUACAUCUGACUCUAGAAAAUGCAUCUCCCAGUCAUUUGUACAAAACCAAAUCCUAGUUGUGGUCAUUAGUAGUUAUUUGGUCAAGUAUGAAUAUGCACACUGCUGCUGGAAAAUGCUUCCCCUUUCUUGGGCCCAUCAAUCUUCUAUGAAAGGGUUGCAUUUUUGGUGGCAGGGGCUGGGAGAAAUUCUUUUACUUUUGUGGGUGAUGUGGCAUACCAUAAUAGAAAUGAGGUGGCAGAGAGUUUUAGUCUUUCUUUUACUGGAAAAAAAACUUUGCCGUUCCAUCAGGUGACCUGAUGGACAGCAACAGCAUCCUUCUUAUUGAGAGUGGCCCAAUGGGAAAAACACGGCAGGGGCAUUAUUGGUAAAACUAAAAAUCAGUCUGACAGAUAUACAUCUAUUGAUCAUUAGCGAUGACUGGAUCAGCCUAUUUCUGUUCCAUUUCAGUUUUGCAUGCACUCAGUCAUACGUCUGUUUCCUUUUUGGUUUUGCGGAUUGUGUUCUGAUUCAUGUUAGUCCAGGACUAGUUGGUUUGUGACAUAAUGCAGACUGAACAAAUUUAUCCUCCAUCCCUAUUGAAAAGAAUUAUUCUUGAAUAUAAAUGUAACAAAGUGCUGCAGUUCUGUAGACAGUCUGUUUGGCGAAGUUUCACGGAUGCCAGUUGUGCCCGGGAUUGCAAACUUUGUCCACUAUCUGUAGUAACAUGCAAACUUUAAAUGGAGUGUCUUGCAUCUUGGGAACAAGCAUUUUUUAAAAAUGAAAUACCAGGUGUUAAGAGUACCACCUUGGGAUGAUUUAUGUACUUUUCUGGCAAUGAGAGUCAAACUAUGUUACAUAGUCUCUCCACAUUUCUUCUUCCAUCAAAAGCAACUGUGGGAGGCUGCAGUGAGGGGUGAAGGAGGAGUCUUCUAGAAAAGGCGCUAGGAAGAUUUUGAGCGGGAAAACAGCCAGAGGAGACAUAAUUAAGCAGUCUUCUCCCCCCACCCCUACUCCUCUGCUGUUACUUUCAUUCUACUACUGCCUCCUAUGGCUGCUUUUCAUUAAAUAAGAAAAAGUCAGGAAAUUCCCAUGUCAUGUAUCUCCCAUGUAAUGUCAUGUUUGGACAUUGAGUGCUUGGUAUUAUUAGGCUUUGUGAAAUCACUCUUAUACAAUGUGUCCCCUAACCAUCUUCACCGUUUGUUUGCAGAACUUGCUCAAGGCUGCUACCGUUACUCAAAAGCAGAUGAACCUUGUUAAGCUCCAUGAACAGUCAAAGAAGAACCUGGAAGAAGAAAUUCAGAAUUAUAAGGAUGAGGCUCAGAAACAGAGAAAGAUAAUCUUUCAGCUCGAAAAAGAGAGAGAUCGCUAUAUCAAUGAAGCCAGUGAUCUCACACAGAAGGUACGAGAGAGUUGUUUGCAGACUUUUGCCUUUCAGAACUAACAAGAUGUUCCUUUCCGUUCUUGACUUUCUAUAUGGAUUUUGCCAAGGUCCUCUCAGUGGUCUUUAGGGUACAAGAAUAAAGUUCCAGUGAGUUAUACUUAUUCCUCUGCAUGUUCUUUACAUCUUAAAAAGUCCACUUAAGCAUACAUUCUGGUAUCUACAGUUAGUGUCUUAAAAACCCUCCUGUUGCUUGGCUAAUCAAGAGAUCUAGGAUCUAAAAUAAACAUACUUAAUUAUGCUGCCAGAAAAACUAUAAUUCUGUGAUGGGAGUAAAUUAUGCAGAUUAAGAAAAUUGACAUCUUUUUACUUAACUAACAUGUUUUGCAUGAUGUGAAAAACUUGCCGGUUGGGGACAGAAUAAUUUUGUUUUUGUUGGAACAUAUAAGCAGGAUGCAUGGGAUUUUGUGAAUUAGCAGGCAUGCGGAAAUGGGAGAAAAGGGGUGAAGAGCCUGCAGAAAUUACAAGGAGCUGUGCAGAGCAUGUCUUAUCAGGCCUCAGAUAGCAUGUAGAGGGACAAAGAAAGGCAAGUACUCCCUAGAAAAUUGCUUGCCCUUCAUUUCUCUUCCCAUUUGAGAGACAUUGCUAGGUUGUUACAGCUGUUAAAUCCUGAAUGACUAUAUAAGGUUUUUUUUGCAUUUUUUAUCUGAAAGCUUGGGCAAGUGGGAAAAAGCUUCCCCCCUUGCUCUCCUCCAACUUUACGCUGCACUCAUUAGCUGGUUGCUUUUGUAGUACAGCCCAUACCUUGACCACUAAUAUUUAUACACAGAUAUCUCCUGGCUUCAUGCACUUAAGGUGAAAUUGCUUGUGUAUUAAUCAAUUAUUUAUCCACUAUAAAAUAACUUACUCUUUUCUCAGUAAUAUAAAGGACAUGGCAUUAUAAUUAAGAAGGGUUUUUUAGAUUGGCCAUGCGGAUAUCUAGACUUAUCUUCUUGCAUAAAAAGCUGUUACUGCUCAGUAUGUAACUUGAAUCUGAUCUGUUGAACAAAACACAAGUUGUGAAUUUUUGCAGAAGCUUUGUCAUAGCCUGUUUUGUUCACUCAAGCUGGUUAGGUGGAGCUUUCUUGCUUGCUUGCCCUGCUAUGUGACUGUAAAAUGCUCUGUUAUUUGCUUGAGAACUGACUGAAGAGCUCUACAUAAAACUCACUGACAGGCAUGCUAGCUUCCAGUCUGUUUUCUACUCAUUGUUAUUCCCUGCUCACUUUAUGAUUACUUUCUGUAUCUUCAUCUGAUUAACAAAUUUGUGCCUUCUUGUAUGACAGCAUGUAUAAAUUCCUUGUAAUAACAAUCCCAUUUAAGUAAGAUUUGUUAUUAUUUUGGUAUCUUAAAUUGUCUUGUGUUUAUGGCAGUGAAUCCUUAUCAAUAGCAUUACAUACUGUGUAUCAGUAUGUGCCUGUGUGUGUGGAAAGUGAGAGAAAUUGAUGUGAUCACCUGUCCACAGUCUCUUGAUUUGUUAAGUAAGCAAGAAGAGGAAUUUUUAUGUGGUAGCAUGAUUUUUACAUUUUCCAUUGCAUGUAUGCAUGUAUGUUUGACAGAUGGAUGCCAACAACAGGAGCCAUGGCCCUUUCAGUGCGGUACCACAGGUUUUGUUUUUAAGGAUUUUCUUGUUUUACAGAAGUGUAAUGCCUCAUGUAUUUUUUUCCCAUGUAACAUUUUUACAAAUCCAUUUCAUUUGUUGAGGCAUUAGGGGGAGAAGAAAGAAAAAAAAGAAAGAAAGAAAGAAAGGAAAAAGAAAGGGGGAGUGGGGGGAGGGAAGAUGGGUGGGGGUGGGGUCGGGUGCCGAUGUUUCUAUUAUGCUUAAUGUAUGUAGAGUUUGGUGCCAGCGUUACUUGUGUUCCUUUGGUGGUGAGAGAGGUUGGGGUUGGCCUGGGGUGUGAUUGUUUGCUUGUGAUUGGCUGUGGUGAUCUUUGUUUUUGUGUGUGAGUGAGGUGGGUGGGUGUUUUGGAUCAGGUUAGCCAUAUUGAUUUGUAUGCUGUUGGUGGAUUAUUGUCAUUGCCUUGUUGGGCUGUGUAUUUGAUAAAGGGGAGCCAUACUGGGGUGAAGGCGUCUUCUUCUGUUUGUCCCCAUGUCAGUUUCAGUUUAUUAGUUAAUUUUUCUAGUAGGGCUGUUUCCCAUACUAUUUGGUACCAUUGGUCCAUGCUUUGCUGCACCACAGUUGAUGUUAACCAUAGGAAGGAAUAUUAAGAACUCUUGGGUAUUCUUAAAAAAGGUUAUUGAGGCCUGUUAUGAACAAGGCACAUCAGUCAUUGCUGCCGCCUCAGAAAGGGCCUUAUAACUAAAGGUGAUUGUCCAAGUUUGAGUAUAUGUAAUUCCAGUCCAAAAUGGAAACAUCAUUGUAGUGGAUUUAGGGGUUGCUCGUGCGUAAGUUGCCGCUGCUGCUGGCGAGGUUACCUGGUUAAACCCUUUCUGACUGAACAGCCUCCAGCAUCGUGACUGUCUCUGUCGCUGGCAGAAUCCGUCAGUGAGCGUUUCUUGAACCUUUUCCAGCAUAAAAGUUGUUUGACGCCAAGUCUCCUCCUACUCUCCCUGCGCGGAAGUCUUCUGCGCAGGGAGGGUGUGGGCAGCGGAGUACCCGUACUCUCUCCGCUGGUCUCCGGCGAGGAGUCUUGGAGCCUCCUCUCCGAUUCCCCCAUCUGCCCCCCUUCUCCACUGGUGUUACGCUGAUUUCCUUCCCCAGCAGAUGGGCUGCCUCUCUCCCUACUGGGACCCUCUCCUGCAUCCCUCUGGAGCCUUCCCUCCGCCUCUAGCUCCGAUGGCAGUUCCCUAACAAUCAUAAACCAAGAAAAAAAAUACAGGUGAAUUCUGACUUUGGACAGCCUUGGCACAUAGCUGGUGCAAAUACAUUUUGCAAAAAGAUCAGGAUGUUUAUAGAUCACCAACUUUAAGUGAGAAUUAGCUCAAGAUCUGUUUUAUCAUUGAAUGCAUUUCAUAUGGUACUCUCUAGCUACACAUAAAAACCAAGGAACAAAAAUGCUAAUACCUAAAAAUUGCCAAUAGGUUGUACAAAUAAAACUGUGAAAGAAGAACAUAAUGAAUACGAUUUUGGUGAUUUUGAUGUUUACUGCAUUCCCUUCAGUGCUUCUUCCCUUUUUCCCUUUGUCUGAGAAGCUUAUACAUAACAAAGCAUGAUCUCCCUGCCAAAUUUCUAGGUUUAGGAGACUUGGGGACUUUCCAAACCAGCUGCUUAUUGAGCAAUCAUGCUGAUAUAUUCACACACAACUUGAGCAGAAAUUAUACAGCAUUGUCUGUUUAUUGAGUAUUCAUCCUAAUAUGUUUGUGUUGAAGUUUUAUGAUAUUGCCAACUAGUGGUUAUUAUCCCAUGCUUUCUAGUGCAAUUUUCCAUCACCUUUCUUACCAAACAUGUUGCUAUUAAAAAGGUAAUGGGAUAUUUGUGCUAGAAAUUGUUGUGUAACAAUCAGGUUUUGUGCGAAUAAACAAUCCAUCUGGAAGCUCCAAAAUAAUAGUAACUCUCAAAAUCUUUAGUUCAGUAUGUUGUUGUUGUUAUUUAGUCAUUUAGUCAUGACCAACUCUUCAUUACCCCAUGGACCAGAGCAUGCCAUGCACUCCUGUCUUCCACUGCCUCCCACAGUUUGGUCAAACUCAUGUUGGUAGCUUCAAGAACACUGUCUAACCAUCUCAUCCUCUGUCGUCCCCUUCUCCUAGUGCCCUCAAUCUUUCCUAGCAUAAGGGUCUUUUCCUGGGAGUCUUCUCUUCUCAUGAGGUGGCCAAAGUAUUGGAGCCUCAGCUUCACGAUCUGUCCUUCCAGUGAGCAUUCAGGGCUGAUUUCCUUCAGAAUGGAUAGGUUUGAUCUUCUUGCAGUCCAUGGGACUCUCAAGAGUCUCCUCCAGCACCAUAAUUCAAAAGCAUCAAUUCUUCAGCGAUCAGCCUUCUUUAUGGUCCAGCUCUCACUUCCAUAUAUCACUACUGGAAAAACCAUAGCUUUAACUACAUGGACCUUUGUUGGUAAGGUGAUAUCUCUGCUUUUUAAGAUGCUGUCUAGGUUUGUCAUUGCUUUUCUCCCAAGAAGCAGGCAUUUUUUAAUUUCGUGACUGCUGUCACCAUCUGCAGUGAUCAUGGAACCCAAGAAAGUAAAAUCUCUCACUGCCUCCAUUUCUUCCCCUUCUAUUUGCCAGGAGGUGAUAGGCCCAGUGGCCAUGAUCUUCAUUUUGUUGAUGUUGAGCUUCAGACCAUAUUUUGCGCUCUCCUCUUUCACCUUCAUUGAAAGGUUCUUUAAUUCCUCCUCACUUUCUGCCAUCAAGGUUGUGUCAUCUGCAUAUCCGAGGUUGUUGAUAUUAUAUACUGAUAAUUCAGUAUAUAAAGCCCCAAACUUGUGACCAUUGUUAGGUCAAGGAAGUAGCAUAACAUAGCACUAGAAUUUGUAGGCAUCCAAAGAAGCUGAAUGUUGAAAGAUUCAGGACAAAGUAUUUCUCCACACAGCACAUAAUUGAAACAAUGGAAUGAGCUCCAACAACCUGUAGUGAUGACACAAAUUUGAAUGAUCUGCACUGGUUGCAGGUUUGCUACUGGGCUGGGUUGGGUUAAAGGUGUUACUAUUUGUAUAUAAGGCUCCUAACAAUUUGGAAGAAGUAUACCUAUGAGAUCACCUUAUGCCACAUGUACCAAUAGACUGCUUUAACUCAGCAGAAUAGGCGCUACUCUAGGUGCCACAUAAUACAUAAUGCAUUUGCAAGAACUUGAUAUAUGAAAUAAGUAAAUAGUUUAAUUAAAAGAAGAUUGAUGGAAGAUAAAGCUAUUCAUGUGGGCACACAUUACAGGGCUAAUUUUCUAUGUAGGACAAUUAAUAUAUCUCUUUUCCUUUAUUACUGUUUUUCACUGUAUUAUUAUUAAAUGUUUUUAUAGAGCACUUCAUGGCAUAAAGCCAUCAAAGCAGUGUAUUAGUAAAAACAGAAUUCUAAAACAAUAAAACUAUCCAUACAGACUCUAAAAACAAUGAAACCAUUUAAUCAAAUAUAAAAUUGAUCUUCAUAAAUGACUAAUUAUGCUUCAGGGAAAACUUUCCUAAACAAAAAUGUCUUUAGUAGGUGCCUAAACAGUAUCACUCUAGGUGCAUAUCUUAUGUGAUUCCACAGAGCUGGCGUGACAACACUAAAAGCCCAGUUUCUGCUAUAGCCUGAGCACACUUCUGGGGUGUAUGGUACUCUCAACUGAGGAAUGCAGUUGCCAGGCUGGUAUAUAAUGGGUAAGGUAAUCCUUUAGAUAUCCUGGUCCCCAGAGUACAAGUAAUGCUCUGCAAAGUAACCUUUCAAAUGUAGUCUGAAAGACAAGAUUGCUUAGUAGUAAGUGAAGGAAAUAAUGUAGAUCCAACGCAGAAUUUGUGAUAAGCAACUUAGUUCAUUUAACAAUGGCUGCACUCCGAAGCAUAGUUACAGGAAAGUAAAACUUAAUGAAUUCUGGGAUUUAUUUCUGAGUAUGCAUGCUUAGGAUUGCACAGUAGUUGGUGAAAAUGGAGGGUGAAAAGCAAAAUACAAAUAGAUCAGGGCCAGUGCUAUUUUUCUGGAAAAGAGGUGCCGGAACUCACCAUGAACACCUCCCUUAUUCUCUUAGAAUGGCAAUGGUGCCCACUUGAGAGGUGCUAGAACUAAGUUCUGGUGAGUUCCUGCUGCAAAAAGCCUUGAUCAGGGCUAUGGCAAAGGUAGGAGAUGCACCAUGGCACAUGAUGUCUGGGCCGAACAAAAGCACUAAUGCAAAUUGUCCUAAAUCUGGCUUCCUAGUAUGAGGAUAUUGACAGAACCAGUGGCCGGCUAUAGAGCUAAUACUUCUGUGCUUUGAAGCAACUCAGAAGCAAUUGCCUUUUUAUAUUGUUCUAGUUGACCCCAGAGAGCUUCCCAGGAUCAAAUAAUUUAGUCUAUUUUUUCAACUGAUCUAGUCACAACUGAGGUUUUCUUUCAGAUUUUUUAAUGUUGUAGAUCAGUUUCCAAAACUUAUAUACUGAUUUGCAAAUAAUGUAUGAUGUGCCAAAUUGUUUGUGAGAGAAACAACCCUCUCCAGGCUUCUUAUUCCAAUUUAGGCACAUCAGUUUGCUAGAUAGGUUGCUUGAUGUACAUUGUGCACUGUGGCCUCAGUCACAGUGGAAGGAUGCUGACUGCUUUCAGUCUGAGAUGAUUACACCCUGUACAAGAUCAGUACAUUGAAAUCCAGGAAGUUUAGUAUUUACAGUUUCAUAUGAGUUUCUGAUGAAGAAAUGUUAGAGUUCAUUAGUUCAUUGAAUCAUGCCGAAGAGCAGAGGAUUCAGAUUACCUUUACAGAUGACAACCUCCAGCAAAUUGACCAAGCGUGAAUAACAGGUGCUAUGCCAAAAGUGCAUCUAGAAUUUUAAAAAUGCAUUUGAAUUAGUACAACUAUUUCAGAUGGUACAAGUUACUUGAGUCAUGGCACAUUGUCCUAAGAAGACAGAUAUUUGUGAGCAGUCUGUUCCGAUUCAGCUCCAUGUAUGUAUGGCAGUUGAAAAUCUGACUUUCAAUGCAAAAUCACCCUACUGAAGCUCAUCAAGUGAUACUUUGUGCAUUCUUCCCAACAUGGUAUCUGUAAAGGAGAUUAUUACAGAGUUCUCAGAAAAAAAAGAAGAACUCAGCAUUGUAAGGGAAAUGUUUUCCUAAUCUCAGUUGACAACUCUUGAGUUAUUCAUAAUAAAAUAUCCAUUAAUUCAUCCAGUUCCAGUUUGAGAGUUAUUGGAGAGGUGUUACUCCCACGCAACAAUUUUAUAAAUUCUUAUGAAAGCACAGUCAGCCUCAGAACCAUGGAUGCCAACUUGUAAAACAUAGUAAAGUAGUUUAUUAUUGUACUUUUGUUCAUCAACUCCCAAGAUGCAUGGUUACAAUUCAGUGAUCUGUUUUCUAAUUUUGCUUCAGCCUAUAUAAUCACUAAGCUAGGCUUCAGAUUUGAAAUACACUUUAUUGAUUUUGAGUUCACUUUUAUUGCUAUUGGCAACUUGUUUUUAACAGGAAAAAGCAAAAGGUAGGAGUAGGAGUUAAAUUAUAAGCUGGGUCUCUGCUUUUGUUUUAAACUGUAAGCAGUUUUUAGGCAUCUCUGCAGUCAGCAACAAAUGCACUUGAGUACCAUUGCCACUUCUGCAAUAAAACUUUCUAUAUUUAGAUGUACUUUAUCUCCUGAGUUGGUUAGAGGUAUCUGGUAAUCAAUUAAUUAAGCAUUCGCCCCAAAGCUUGCACACUGAUAACCCUACUAUACACUAGCAAAGCUUGAAUUCUUUCAGCAUAGACAAAUGUGCUGGUUGCAAGGUCUACUACUGAGUAGCUGUUCUGAACAUUAAUGUUAUCUCUUCCUUUGAAGGUUCAUGAACAUAAAUUUAUGAAUUUAAACAAUAGGCCUCAAUGCAAGGAAGCUAGGCAGGGUGGACGAAUUCCAGCAAUCUGUUUCAUUACCAUCUAAUGUCAAGGUAAUGAAGAAACCAUUUCCAGAACCUCAGAUAUCUGAAAUUUAAAAUUUAUCAGAUUUCUCUGGCUUCUCCUUAUGAGUUUUAUUAGUGAAAAUACAUUUUUAAAAUAUUCCCAUGUCUCUCAUUACUGCAAAGUUUGUACCACUCUCCCCAGUCAGUUGGAUAAAUGAAGUGGAAACUACAUAGCAUAUACAGUGGUGCCUCGCAAGACGAAAUUAAUCCGUUCCGCGAGAGUCUUCGUCUAGCGGUUUUUUCGUCUUGCGAAGCAAGCCCAUUGACAGAUUAGCGCUAUUAGCGCUAUUAGCGGUUUAGCGGCUAUUAAAGGCUUAAAGGCUUAGGGGAUUAGCUGCUAAAAGGCUAUUAAAGGCUAUUAAAGGCUUAGCAGAUUAGAUAAAGGGGGGGAAAAGCAAAAAAAAAAAUUCUAGACUCGCAAGGUAUUUUCGUCUUGCGAAGCAAGCCCAUAGGGGAAUUCGUCCUGCGAAGCAACUUCAAAACGGAAAACCCUUUCGUCUAGCGGUUUUUCCGUCUUGCGAGGCAUUCGUCUUGCGGGGCACCACUGUAUGUAAAUAAUUAUAUGGGAGGGGGGAUUUUGUACAAGAAAGCACAAAAAACCUUGGUGCUUGGGAUAGGUUUCUUCCAGUAUCUUGCAUGGCAGAGAUGAACAUGAAUGCAUAUUUUCCAAGAGGAAGUUGUAGUAGUAAAAUGUUUUUCCUGCCGGUUUCAUAACUUACAAACUUCACUAUUUGGAAGCUCUAUGCUCUUCUUGCUUAAUUUGAGAGCUCAUAUGUGCCCUGCUCUUUAAGAAGGCAAUUUUCCUUCUUCCCUAUCAAUAUAGUAUAGUGUAAAAAAGUAUGCUGGAGAGGUAUUAAGAUUUAAGUGUUUGUGACACCUUAAAUUUCUUCAUGGCAAACUGUCCAGUGCAUUCCAGAUGAUCUGCUUCCACUCAUUGUCUCCAUGUUUUCUCCUCCAAAUGCUUGUUUUCCUUAAGAAAGGUGAAUUGUGAUAUGAUUAGGCAAAUCAUUUUGGCUGUUUUUAUCCUUGCAAAGAGGUAUGGAGUACAAUGGGAUAUCCGGAUUGACAGUUAUGAUAAAUGAGAAUGACAAGAGCCCAUAGUAGCUCAGAUACUGAGGAUUCUCAUGCGCGCCUGAAGUUAUAACACAGAGCUGUCCAAGAUUAUUAAAUUCCACUGACCGUAUAAAGAGUAUUCAUUGGCUAAAAUGAUCCAUGUAGACACCUUUUUUUUAAAAAAAACUGUACUUUGCUCUCCUCUAUUCGAAAAUAAUUGCAGCUCCUUAAGACAACCAUUUCACACUUUGGCAGAGCAAGAUUCAUUACUAAGGUGAUGUAUUGAUUCAUAGGCUAGUUUUCAGCAACAAAUUUGAAAUCUGUCAAUAGACAGUUCAAACAACUGGGUCACUACAAAUGAGAGAAAGACAGCAAUGUUGCAUUCUUCAUAACAUGCGGUUUCAUUUCAUAUUAACUAUAUGCACAUGUGUAUAUACAUAUACAUAUACAUAUACAUAUACAUAUACAUAUACAUAUACAUAUACAUAUACACAGAGGUUGCAGGACGCUGUGGUGCUGUGGUCUAAACCACUGGAGAUGAAAUUAACACCUACCGGUUCCUUCAGAUGGAGGAUGAAUGACACCUUGUUUAGAGAUCAAGAAGUUACCAAGAAGGCCCAAAAAAACCUUGAGAGACUAUUUUGAGAUAAAUAUGAACACUACCAUCGAAAAAAGAGUAAUCUGGGACGCAAGCAAAGCAGUUAUGAGGUGGUUUCUAAUUCAACAGAAUGCAAUAAAGAAGAGAACCCAAAAUGAGAAAAAAGAUAAAAUUUUAGAAAAAAUAAAAGAGGGGGAGAAGAAACUGAGAGCGAAACCAAAGUCACAAGAGAUUCUGAGAGAAAUAAAGUUAUACCAAGUUCAAUAUAUGAAGAUGAUGAAUCAGGAAAUAGAAUGGAAAAUUAAACAGAUGAGACAAAGGACAUUUGAAUCAGCCAAUAAAUGUGGAAAGCUGUUAGCUUGGCAAAUGAAAAAAAGACAAAAACUUAACACCAUUACUAACUUGGAAGUGGAAGGAAAGAACAUCCAGAAUCCAGUGGAAAUUAGAAAAUGCUUCCAGAGGUACUUUAAACAGCUAUAUACACAAGGGCCACAGAAAGAGUGUGAUUUAGACCAAUUCUUAAAAACAAAUGGACUUCAAAAAAUCUCUCAAGAAAACAAGUUAAUGUUGAACUACAAAAUAACAGAACAGGAGGUGGAAGGUGCCAUCCAGAACAUGCAAUUGGGCAAAUCUUCAGGGCCAGAUGGCUUAACCUCAAAAUAUUAUAGGUCCUUAAAGGAUUGGAUAAUUCAACCACUAAAGGAGGUUUGUAAUGAAAUUUUGGAGGGGAAAAAAGUGCCAGAGUCGUGGAAGGAAGUUUAUAUUGCACUAAUACCGAAAAAUGAGUCUGAAAAGACACAACUUAAGAACUACCGCCCCAUAUCCCUGCUUAAUGCGGAAGGUCAGUGGUUAGAAUCCACAUGAUGAGGUGAGCUCCUGUUGUUCUGUCCCAGCUCCUGCCAACCUGGCAGUUUGAAAGCACGCCAGUGCAAGUAUAUAAAUAGGUACUGCUGUAGCGGGAAGGUAAACGGCCUUUCCGUGUGCUCUGGUUUCCGUCAUGGUGUUCCGUUGCGCCAGAAGUGGUUUAGUCAUGCUGGCCACAUGACCUGGAAAGCUGUCUGUGAACAAAUGCCGGCUCCCUUGGCCUGAAAGUGAGUUGAGCACAGCAACCCCAUAGUCGCCUCUGACUGGACUUAACCAUCCAGGGGUCCUUUACCUUACCUUUACACAGAGGUUGCAAUCCUCUACCCAUUUACCUAGGAGCAUAUCCCUCUGAAUGCAAUGCAACUUAUUUACAAGUAGAUAUGUAUAAGAUUACACUGCAAAAAUCUUUUUAAUAAUUGCAGAGUGGACUUGACCUCUUCCCAGCUGCUUUUAUUCCUGUUGGGGAAAAGCUGAGUAGAGACAAUUUUCAGUGGGAAAAUGGUGUGUGGGGAAAGGUUAUGAUCCUGCCUUCCCAUGCUAGUCUCCUCCUUCAGAUUGCAGCUGCAUUCUUUUACAACACAAUAAAGUCUGUAAAUAUAAUCCAGACCUUAGCCCAAAUCUGUCUGGUUGAACAGAAAUCUUUGUAUUUGCAGUAAAGUCUGUAUAUAGAGCACUGCUAGUCGUCAUAGAAGGAUGGUUUAAUGAUAUUUAUUUUAUGCUUUCUCUGACAGGUCCUCCAUCACAUGGAAGAUAUCAAAGUGCGGGAAAUGCAGAUCUUUGACUAUAAAAAGCAGAUAGCAGAGUCUGAAACAAAAUUAAAACAGCAACAGAACCUCUAUGAAGCUGUGAGAUCAGACAGAAACCUCUACAGUAAAAAUUUGAUCGAAGCCCAGGUACUAAAAAGCAGUUCUCUUACUAAGUUUGUUUCCCAUUUUAGUUGAGCCAUGCAGUGGUGGCUGGUAACAUUUUGACAUGGGAGGGCUGCAAUUUUCAGAUUGACAGAAAUGACUCUGUAAAUUAAAGACAGUAUAAAAUGUGUGUGGGACGGAAAAAGCGUGUGGCUUUGAGUUUUUGAGGAUUAUUAUUAUUUUUAAUGGCUUGAUAUUUUCAGUAGGAGGGCUGUGGUCCUAUAGCCCAGCCUCCACUUGAGCCACCCAUUCUUGGUUAAUAUCUAGAAGAUAUAACAAUGCUGACAUGAUUGUUUUCAUAUCUAUGUCCCUCCUGUGGGAAAAGUUAUAUUACAAACCUCAGCCACAUUGACCUGACUGUUUAUGCAAACAAUCGUGACUCUAGAACAGAGCUUUCCAAACUGUGUGUUGCAACACAUUAACGUGUCAGCUGCAGUGUGUAGGUGUGUCACAUGAAUGCUCCCCACGCUCCUCCUGGGGCUGGAAAGGGGUUAGUUUAACCUCUAGUUUCCUAGUAAAACUGAAUUACUGUGCUGCGAAAGGAUGCAUGUCUAAAAAGUGUGUCACCAACAUGAAAAGUUUGGAAAGCUCUGCUUUAGAACAUAGAGUCUAGGUGGCUGCAGGGGGACCAUCCACGAUACUAUCUUCACAUGUAUGUCUUUGAAAGAUGAAGAGAUGUCAGGAGUCAAAUUAGGAAAGUGACAAGUCUCUGGUGGUUCUGUAUUACAGGAGAGCUUUCCAUAUCAGAUGUCCUCCAAAGAUGAUCUAGAAAUUUGUACCCAGUGGAGAAGGGAACCAUUUUUCAGAUGGCCUAGCUCAAAAACAUUACAAAUAAAUGCUCUUGAAUGAUAUGAUUAUCUGAAUAUAGUAUUGUUUUAAAGUAGAUGCCUUGAAAGUGUCUGCCAAGGGGCAUCCAAAGCUCCAGGGGACUAAAGGAGAGUCAAACAAGACUGUAUCAGAUUGAUAGCUCAACCAUCAAUUUCCUUUUGUCUUCAGCUUUGUGUGAAGAAUCAACAUUAAGCAACAAAUUAUUUUCUAUAGUAGGGAAAAGCUGUCAUUGCAGCAUGACGGAAAAAGAUACAGAUUUUUUUCUGAGGGAAAGUUAGCCCAUCAAAUUAUUAAGGAAGUAGCUACAAAGGUGGCCUAGUAAGGAGAACAUAAUUUAAAUUUGACUAGGGAAUUUCUUGCACAGGCUUGUACCUGGCUAGGAAUAUAGCCCUUGCCCAAAUGGAAGUGGGUAAUUAUGGCAUCUAUAAGGUGUUAAUUUAUUUCAAAAGAGUGUGGGGAGCAAGAGGAUUCAGUUAGCAUGAAUUGCAAAAUUCAGGAGUAGGAGAAAACAUCUGUAGCUGAACAUAAAUUUUAUAGUAUAGUCAAGCUAUGCUAUAGCAAUAAGACCAUCAUUCAUAGUUCAGUAACAAGCCAGCCAGCCAUGAAAACAAAGAUGGUCUUAUCUGAAAAUCUAUGCAGAAUUGUCAUCUCUCUUGGGAUAUAAGCUUAAUUGGUGCAAGCUUGUUUCAGAAAGCAAACCUCUUGGUAGGCAUUUUCAGAUUAUUUAAUAAGGAAAAUUCCCCCAUUGCCCAACCCUGUUCACACUGCUUCUGAUCUCCAGGGUAUCAUAAGCUCAGACACAGUAAAGCCAUUUGAUAAAGGAGUUGUUGGCUGAAUUUCAGUACUUGCUAGGAUGGUUUCACAUUUUUGGAUCAUUCUGGUUUUGGGAAUUGUUGCUUGUUAAUUUAAACGAAUGUAACCUCAAGCUUUGCAAAAUUCAUGGGAGCUUUUCCAUUUUCAUUACCAUAGUAGUAGAUUUGGAAACAUAUGUGCAUACCAACUUUUAAAAUAGCUGGCUUUCUUCAUGAGGCUUUGUAACAUAUCUACGAUUAUACUCAGCUUUCUCCUGUUCUCUUUACAUGAGUGAUGAUGUGUAUAUCACAUGAUAAGCUCUAGUUUCAAAGGAUGUGUGUGUUUGUGUGUGUGAUAUUUCUUCUGUUGCAUUUACCUAAGUGAGAACCAGAGUUCUUAUUUUGUCAUUGUAUUAUACCUUUAUAUCAGACAGGAGCCUGAGACCUUGCUCCUGCUUCUUGAUAUUUUUCUGGCUUUUGAUGGCAUUGUUCAUGGUAUCCUCCUGGACUGGCUCUGGGGUGGAGUAUGGCUAUGCUGAAAGAAAAAUGUGGAUUUUAUAUCUAUCACUGCUUUAGAGCCAUUGGUACCUGCAUAUAGUAAGCCCUCAAUUCUGUCAUGUUAGGAUGAAAUCAAUGAAAUGCGAAAGAAGCUGAAGAUUAUGACACACCAGGUAGACCAGCUGAAAGAAGAGAUCUCUGCUAAAGAGGCAGCUCUUGUGAAAAUGCACCUGGACCACCAGCGGAUAGAAAAAGAGAAAGAGGCCUUAAAGGUAAGGAACUUCCAUUAGGAAAAGUGUCCCAGUAUUGAUCAGAGGUAAAGGAAUUGGUUUUAAGUUGUUGAAUUGGCAGAAAUGUACCUGUUUACCUUCUUGAAUGGACUUUUUUAUUGUCUAUAUAAAAGACAUCUUUUUUCUGUCAAUAGCUGUUGAAGAGCAGUAUUAAAAUAUAUUUCGUCUUGUGUGGCUCUUCAGAGUGGACCAAGGGCAGGAGCUGCUGCACUAGUGCUGUUGUGGAACAUUUAUGGUUUUAGUAAUGGUAGGAGUGCAUCCUGCAGUCAUUGCCAGUGAAAGCAGGGAGAGCUGGAAGUCUCCCAUUCCAUUGCCCAGAAGAGGCCCUGCCACUUGGCAUAUGUUGGUGUACUGCUCAUUCUGCUGUGCUCCAUCCAUCAGCCUGAGCUGAUAAAAGUGGUAUCCGAUUUGGUGUUGUGGAUUCCUGGGGAUUUCAGCAUCCAUGUUAAAGCUGCCAGAUCCAGGUGCCUCAGGACUUAAUGGCUGCAAUGGCUGCAGUGGGGCUGUCCCAAAACGUCAUCAAACUCAACAUAGAACACACUUGAUCAAGGAGCUGGAUCGUGAUCUGAAAGGGGUUGGUGGGAUUUAACGUCUAUCAACUUGUCAUGGAAAACUCACUUCCUACUUAGGUUUAGGCUUGCAUGAGCCUUUCCCCUCCUGCAAGGAUGGGGCACCUAUUAAAAUGGUCCCUCCUCUGGAAGCCAUUGGAUUCCAUAGAGCUCUGGAGGAUUUUCCUGCCAGGGUGCCCUGGGAUGAUUGGGAAAUAACUGAUUCUACUAACACUUGGGGUUCCUCAAAAAGACUCUGCAAUUCAAACAGAGUUCUCUGCUGGCCCAUGCUGGUUAUUCAUCAUACUUUUUGGUCUACAUUUGUUGAAUUAACUUCUGUUUAACAGAUUUGUAGGAUAGGAGUAUUUUAAAUUAAGUUCCCUAGUCUUUAAGUGGCAGGGUAGAGUCAAUAUUCCAUGGUUGCCCUCAUUUUUCUGGCAGGGCUUGUAUCCCUUUAACAUUUGUGUGAUUCCUGGCAUGGAGAUGCAUAGAUGGAAAAUUGUCAGUUCCUGAAUUUUUGCUGGCCAUGCAACUAUAAAAAGUUUACGAUCUUGCUAGGAAAAACCAUAGUAAAGAAUAUUAUAGAGAUCUAAUACUUUUGCUGGAAAUGGUUCCUUUUUAGCUUAACAUACAUAGCUGUCUGGUACUAAGCCAAUGAAUCUUACUACUAAGUAAUUAUAUAUAGGAUUGUAGUCUUAGUUCCCUUCUUGACAGGUUGUACCAAUGCCAUUUUAGCCAACUGCCUUCAUUCAUGUUUCAUUAGCCACUUGUGCUUGGAAUCCACUGAACUAUUGGUGUCUGGAUUGCUCUGUCAUAACAUUAUUAUUGUAAGUGUGGAUAUACCCAUUAAACCCCAGUUUAAUACUACUAGACUACACUGAUAUUUGGCACAAACCUCUAGGGUUAAAUAUUUGCAAAUUAACUUGAGGAGUUUGUUGCUUAAUCAUUAGAUAAUUAGGCUAAGGGCCCAGUCCAAACUCCUACCUCCUGCCUCUGGCCAGUGGGACUUUGUGGAGUGGCAGGGCCACCGCUGCAUCUGCAGCCCUGCUCCUCAUGGUGCCUGUGGAGGCAGGUGAUGGUGGAGGAUGCUCAGGCCCCAUCCAUACGUGAUGGCUGUGCCAGCCCAAGCUGGUGCAGCGAUUGGGCCCUAUGCCAUUGUGCUGUGGCUGUAAGACUGACUUGGGAUCCAGUCAAUCCUGAGCUGGCACAGCCCCCCCUUCAUCCUUUUGAAUGCCCCACCCCAGGGCUUUCUGCUGGCUCCCACUGGUGAGCGUCAUACCUACUUGCACAAUUGGCAGCCUGUGGGAGUCUGGCUGAGUCCAAAGAGCUGGGAAGUGAGAUACCACCACCAAAUCUAAACCCCUCCCCAGGUGUAAGGAUGGGUAUGGUGGAUUGUAGGGUGAAUGGUGGGUAUGGUGAAUGGUGGGACUGAAUAACCGCAGACUGAUCUUUUGUAACUUUAGGGGAAAAGAAGAUCAAGGAUUUGAAGAGAGAUAGCUGAACUGGUUGAAUAUGGAGAGCAGGCCAAAAGGAAUAGAGAGGCAAAACCUAAUAUAGAGCAGAGAUAUCCAGGAUUCUGGAGUUGUUCACUAUUGGAAGCUGAUGUGGAAAUACUAUUCUUUGCAUAGUCUUAUUUCUAGUAUUGAUGGAUACUUAACAAUUAACAUUUGAAAUGCUGUGCAAAGUUAGUAAUUCCGCCUUCCCUGUAGUAUAUUAAGAAAGAAGAAAAGAUACACACAGGGAGAGAUUUUAGUUUUUCAUUACCAAAUAACUAGAUUCCCUAUGAGUGGAUUUCUGGUCAGGUGGAAAUUUACUUUUGAGGAGCAGCAGAAAGUCAUAAAUCUGUGCUAAAUCAAAAAGAAAGUAGGAGAAUACUGUCAGUGCUUCUUUUAGUUACAGUGAAUGUAGCUGAAUCUGGCUGCAUGAAAUGUAACUUUCUCAACUUCAGUCUCUCUUUUUUUGUUUUUUUAAGAUAAAGAGAAACAGCAUCCAUAGCAGGUCAUUUUUAUUUUCACUAAAGGGGGAGAUCCCUUCCUUGCUACUUUUUGCUUUGCUUUCUUUUUGUCAGUUUUAUGCUACGCUCCAGUGACUCUGUAGGUUUUCAGCUAUUGUCAGCACAUUACUGUUAUGACAGAAUGUCAAUAGAACUCUGUAAAGGGGUGAUGAAUUUGGGUUCUCGGUCUGUCUGCGAGUUGUUAUAUCAGCUAUGGAGAAAGCAUUCAGAACUUUACUUCUUGUGCAAAACUGUCUCCUUUAACUAGCCUCUAAUGCUGCCUUGUCACUGUGGAACCAUCCACCAACAGUUUGACAGCAGCUUGAUUGCUGUGCUCUUUUACCUGUUCAAUUAUUCAGCAGCAAAAGUGUCUGUGGCCUAUCCUCACUUUAGUAACUGGCUUGAGGGCAUUCUGCUCUGAUGCCUACAGAAUUUGUGCUAAAUACCUAGAAUGCUAAGAGUUUCCUCCUCCCUCUUUUACAUCUUUCCCAACCCCAACCCAAAUAUUAUGCAUUCAAUUCAGUGGGUGUCCUAGUAUGCAACUUCUACAUUUGUCUUUGGUGCUUUGGCCAGGAUCCAGUGGACCAGCGGGAAAGCUUACUCAUACACUGUGUGUUUCCUGUCACAUGGGAAUGUGCAGAUCCUAUACCUGAAGGUAUUUAGAUCACACCUUUGUGAGAUUUCUGACACCUCUAGGGCUUCUGCUUAACAUGGGGCUCCUGGAUUGUCUGGUAGUUGUUUGGAUUUUGCUUUGCAAGAUAGCUUAGAUUUUCAUGCACUUAAUGCAUCUGAUCCAGAAUAUUUGCUUAUAUCAAUAGCCAACAUCUAAAGCUGUAUCUUGUUUACAGCUUGUAUAUUCUGUGACAAAAAGGAUAGCGUUUUGAUAUUAAAAAAAUGUUUCAGCAAUGCUGAACCACAUGAACAGUUUUACUCUUCCAAACAGUUACUUUUUACACACUGUUGCUUGCAUUUAAUACUAGGCAGCAUCCAUUUUUGCUCUGCUGAUAUUUGCUCUGCAAAUAUUGUGCAUAUGGGAGAAUAAAAGUUUUAUUAAAGAAAACAACAUGGGAGCAAGGUAUUUUAUUAGUAUAACAGAACAGUUCUACCAGUUCUCUUAAAUUAUUGCUUUCGCAACCAGUUUUGUUGUUGUUGCAUUGCUUUUUCUCAAGAGACCAAACACACAUCCCCAUUUAUUGGAACCGGCCCUUUUCAGAAUCUGUUGUGACAGAGCAGGAUCAAAUGUCUCUGUCUCUGAAAAACAUCCUGUCCUGAAAAUAUAUCGCAAAUGUUUCUUGCUUUUAAAGGUAUUUCCCAACUAAGAAAUCAAUAGGAAUAGCCUUUUCCUUUCUAUCACUUUAACAAAGUGAUUGUCCCUUUAACAAUUGAAGCACCACAGAAUAUUUGGUGGUUCCUUUGGCAUGGUAUCAUUAUCAUAUUUGAAAAUAGCACACCUUGAGUUGCUCCCAGUGAACUACUGUACUAGCAAUGUAUCUAGGAAUGAUACAACUUUGCUAAAGGCAAAGGCAAUAAAUUACAGAUAAAUAACAGCCCUAUUAUAUGCAAACUUUAUCACCUCAACUCUUGACUGUGAACGUGUUGUAGUUUACAGUAUUACAUAAUAUUAUCUUAUGUACUAUCCUUGAAUCUUUGUUUCUGAGUUCUCUAUGCUGUUUCAAGAACACUAUAAAAAUGUCAGCAGCUUGAAUGAAGGUGACCUGGACUGCUUCCAUGGUUAUGGGCUUUGUCUGAAAGUAUUCUCUGUCCACUGCAGGGGUAAUGCUGUUAAGUCAUCUGAUUGUAGUGAUUUCAUGAUCAAUCAACCGUCUGUGUGAUUGUGUCAGAAUUUUCUGUGUCAGAAAAUGUGUAAUUUCACUUGCACCAAUUCCAGACAAGUUUGAUAAAUUAUAAAGAUAGUGGUGGGUUAUUACUGUAAGCAACUGAAUUCUCCACUAUCUACUACUGUUCAUUUUCCCCCUCUGUAAGUUUAAGAAAUGCCUGCGAAUUACAAAUUGAGCCUAAACCACACUGACAUUUCUCUUGGGUAUGAUGUACAAUACAAAGAUGUUGGACAUAUUGUUACAACCUUUCUUUUAUAAGAGUUUAGUGUACAUUUGUGUGGUAUUUCUCAUUUGCUGUUGAGAACCAGCAAACUGAAUCCAACAAAACAUGAGAACCUAAGCAAGAGUACAAGAUUGUCUAAAUCUUAAUAAUCCUAAAUUCCCAGGUUUAUAAAGUCGGAAGCUGUUACUAAACACAAUUUAUUUCCUGUUUCUUUUGUUUCUGCCAGAGUGAACUGCUUAAAAUGAGACAACAAGCUCUGGAGACUAAACACUUUAUUGAAAAACAAGAGGAAGAAGAAAGAAAACUCUUGAAAAUUAUUUCUGAAGCUGAUGCAGAGAGGAUCAGGCAAAAAAAGGAAUUAGACCAGGUAAGUAAUACAAGCACUGCUUCAGUGGCACUUACUCCAAUGUGACUCAGUUGAAGCAAAUUGGCAUCAACCCAUUUAACAUACCAUAGUGUUAUAAAACAGAAGGAUGCCAACUUGUCCUAGUUGAAGAUCUGGCCUACUGUCAGGACUGCUUCAGACCCUCUUCAGUAAUAUUUUUAUUUACUGACAAUAUGCAACAUUUUGGUGCUAUGUUUUUUUUUUUGCUGAUGAAGGCAGUGCUCCCCCUUAUGCAUUAUGACUGACAAUUUUCAUACUUUCAGCCCAUCUGUAGAAUCUUGUCUUGGCCUGCCACUUUUUCUAGGUUAUCAGUGAAAGAGACAUUCUGGGGAGCCAGCUGGUUCGUCGCAACGAUGAAUUGGCUCUUCUAUAUGAGAAGAUCAAAAUCCAGCAAUCAAUUCUGAACAAGGGAGAAAUGCAGUACCGGCAAAGAAUGGAAGACAUCCGACUACUCAAGCUGGAGAUCAAGAAACUUCGUCGGGAGAAGGCAAUACUUGGCAAGAGUGUAGCUAAUGUGGAAGAACUCAGGUAGAAAGACAGAAUGAAUCAAUUUUGCUUGUGGCUGCGGCCAUGACACUGCUUUUGAGACACUGGGGAAUGUUUGUUUUAAUGCAUGACAAAGAUUUGUGUUGACAUAUCAGUUAUUUCAAGGAAUGAUUUGCUUCACAUGACCUCGUACAAUAUUAGAUUUAAAUUCAAGCAAAUAAGCCAAUCAAUAGCCAGGAAAAAGAAACAUAAUUUUAAAGGGAAGUUGCUGGUACCAAACUAUCCCACUUCCAAACUUUACUUACUUCUACACUUGCUACAACGUAAAACUUGACAGGCAGCAAUGGGGAAAGUCUUCAGAGUUCAGUGAAUAACUUAGUGGGGCCCAGGACCCACAUUAGCAGAGCUGUUUUUUAUUAGGUAAUUUAUAGUGAAAACAGAACAUUUGACAUAUUUAUAACAAGCCCUAAUAUGUUCUCAGUUUUUUGUCCUUUAGAUUUAUCAGGUAGCUUGAUCCUAGUAGAAAGGUUUGCUUAAAUUUUCAUUCGAGAUUGUGUUUACCUCAGAGCAAAAUUUUAUGGGCUUGCUAGAUUUAUCUCCUCCUUUUUUGUGCUAAUACUUUAAAAAGAAAAAGAAAAAAGACCUUGCUAUACUUGAGACAUAUUUUGUUCUUUUGGGAAAACAUUGUUAUAUAGUCACUGUGGGCUUGUAAGAAAAUAGACUAAAGAAAAGGACUGCUUUCAGUGAGUUACUGGUUUGGCAAAGGAGGAUUUAGUUCUGUCUUCUGUUAAGUAAGAUUUAUGCUGUUGGCAAAACUUCACAGACAUUAAUAAGGUUUGCUCUAGAGAGUUACUCUGCUAGUCCCAAAGAAUAAGCACAAUAAAAUAGGUAAGGUGCUUUUUUAAAAUUAAUUGGACUUAUUUCUUUGGGUGAAAGAGUGUGCAAAUUUCAUUGAACUUUUUACUGUAGCUAAUUCUUAAAUGCUAAGUGACUUUUAGGCAAUUAAAUAACAGGUGCUUCUAAGCAUUUUUCCUGAAAAGUAAAUCUUAUUGAAAUCAGUGGAUGUUACUGUGUAGUAAGUGUAUAUAAAAUGCAGCCUAAGAUAGUUUUAAAAGAUUUUGCAGGUAAUGUGCCAGUGGUGGCUAUAAUGAACAGAUUUUUUUUCUCCUUUGGAAACUACUGUAGAGAGAGGCAGUGGUCAUGGGAUGUUUUUAUUGUGAACUUUAGAUACUAGAGAACUAACAAUUUCUGUUGAGCGGCUUAGUAGACUGAUACCUUUUUGUGGGGUGUGUGAUAAUUUUUUUCCUCUAGGCCCAACUGGCUAGUGGUUUUAAUAUAUGGGGAGAGGUGGGCAGAUUUCCUAACAGAGGAUUUUGUCUCAGUGCAGAACUUGAGAGAGAUGACUUGAAGGUUCCUUCCCGCCCUAAUUUAAGAUUUUAUUUAGAUUUAAGCAUUCUAGAAAGAUGUGGCAUUUAUUUGUUGUCUAUGGUCAAUGACACACUUUGGAUUUUGGGCUGAAAUGCAUUGGGCUGGGUGCUUGAUUACCAUGUGGAAAUGCAAGUAUAUGCUACUGUGGCACUUCUCUUAAUGGCAUCAGCAACUCUCUGUUUUAAUGAACUUCCCAAUCAUUGCUAGAAUUGCCAGAAAAUAGUCAUUUCAUCAUUUGCAGUGCUAAGCUGCUUUAAUUGGUAGUACAGUUACUUCUUUGGGUUUGGCCCAUCGAUCUAAGAAUCGUUUCAUACAUUACAAAUGUAAAAUGGAAAAUUGUUAAUGCAUCUUGUUUAUGGCACCAGUAAUUAAUAUUUUUAUACUUGGAAAUAGAAAUGAAAUAGAAGGUAUAUAACUAAAAUUAUAACAAUAAGAACUUUGAAAAUCACUUACGUCAUGGUGUAUAAAAGAUUCCAAUGAUGGCUUAUGUCUGAUUGAUGAAACAAGACCAUCUACCGUAUGUCUACAGGCAUACAGUGUAAAAGACACUGUAAAGAAACGGGGAUAGGGGAAGAGGGGAAAAGCACACUUGGGAGGUUGUCCUCCUCAGGACUAGCUGGAAUGGAAAAAGUUCAGGGGCAGGAGGCACCUGAUGGAGCUGAUCUUUCAGCAGAGCUGAGGGAAUGAGCUGUUCCCCAUCUCUAAGGCAGUCUUCCGGCAGUAGCAGCUGGUGGAGCCGUGCGGGAGGGGCUGUGUUGCUCUCCUGUCUUCCCAAUGCUGUAUGUUGCUGCCAUUUACCAAGAAAUCGAGGGGCAGGGCAGAGGUGUUUAGCAUGGCAUGGUAUGGGCAGUGGUGUGUCCAAUCCAAUAUGCCUGCAUUGUGCUGAGCUUAUGUCCCCCUGCAUCUUGGUGGCAGUGAUGUCCAGCGUUGGGAAGACAGGAGAACAACGCAGCCCCACCCACACUGCCCUGGCUACCAUUCUUGAUAGUAGGCUGCCUCAGAGACACAAAGCAGAGCUCAUUCCUUCAGCUCUGCUGAAAGACCAGAUCCACUACUGCCUGCUGGAAUGACCGUUACCAGGUGAUAGUUGAUGGAGAGGUCUAAUGGAGCUGGCAAUAAUUAAAUGUUGUAUUUCUUGUUGCAGCCAUGUAAGAAGUCACAGAGAGCCGAGUGCACUGACAUCUGCAUUUGUAGAAAACGCAUGACUGAAAAUACACAUUUCUCAUGUGUACAGAUUACAUUUUUAGGCAUUCCUUAAUAUAUUUUAUAGGUAUAUUUUUACUCUUAAGUCUGGUGAAGAGAUAAUGAGGAUAGGUGGGAGUGUUUUCAGUUCCGAUAUUUAGCUGGAACACUAUGAAUAGAAAUGUAAGUGGGACUUCCUCAAGCUGCCCAAAGGAACAAUUUAAUGCAUGUUUCCUCAGCUACAAUAAACUUCUGGAGUCUGCCUGCUUUGAAACAGCCUUCAGUUUAUAUCUUUCGAUGAAUGCUCCAUACCAUGUUGUAGGGCCAGCCCCAAACAUUUUGGCACCUGAGGCAAACCACAAAAUGGUGCCCUCCCCCAACUAGGGAAGAAGGGAUAAGUGAAGUUCCUACAUUAGGAACAAAGGGGAAUAAAUAUCUACAUCAGAAUUUAUUGCCUCUGUGGAUCCUGUUGCCUGAGAUGGUUGCCUCAACUUGCCUCAUGUAUCGACCGGCCCUACCAUGAAGUUCCAUAAGUCAGAGAUGGAAUGUCUGGGAAAUACUCGACAACAAGGUCACUUAGGUUGCUUUGGGGACAUUACAUUUAUCUCUUUGUGGUAGUGGGCAUGAUCGGAUAUGUAUGACAUCUGGACAGUUUCAACUAUAGUUUUGUUAUCGCUAGCCACUCAUUACCUCAUCUCAAGUCCUAAAUAAUGCAUGCUGAUUGUACCAUAUUUCCUUUUACCAUAUUUUGCUUCUUGAAACAAGACUUCUAAUUUUUGAUCUCUUAGGUAAAAAAAAUCCUUUGUGACAAGCCUAAUGCUGGUUUUUUCAUAGCAGACCUCUGAACGAUUGCCUUGUGUAAAUAGGGAAAGUUUGCCAUUGCUUUUGGCAAGAGUCGAAUGGGAUGACUGAAAAUAGCAUUACAUCAUGAAACUCUUCUGCACCCAGUGCUGGAAAUGUUUGCUUGAGUAAUUGAAAUUACUAGUAAAUACAUGCGAAAGAAGAAUUGUACUGAGAGAUGGCUACAUGUUUCUCUCUUACACCAAAUAAAAGAGUUAAUAAACAUUUUGCCAUAUUCAUAUUAAGUUCUUUGCAGAGGUCAUGGUGUUUGUAUUUCUUACUUUUUGAAGGCAAGAAGUUUAUCAUAUGCAGAAGGAGUUACUAAAGGAACGGACCCGCUGUAGAGCCUUGGAGGAAGAGCUUGAGAACCCCAUGAAUGUUCACAGAUGGAGAAAAUUAGAGGUAAAGUGUCACCUUUCAAAGAGACCCGGUUUUUCAAAUAGAUAGCAUGGUGCAAAGCAUAUUUUAAUCUGUGCAAACUGACAUUAAAAAGGGCAGACAGGCUAAAAUUUCCACACCAUAUUCUAUGGUGGUUAAUGGCAGACAGGCUUUAUAGGCACAAGGCAUUUGGGGAUUAUUUUUGUGUUGCUUCCAUGAUGUAUGAUUGCAGAAAGUUUUGCAGAAUGAAAACUGAUAAAGCCCAAAGAGAAGAGAAAGGUCUGAAGGUGAGAUUGAGAGUGAAAUAGUUGAUUAACUUGGACAGGGGGCUAGAGUAUUAAACAGUUCAAAGAGAGUCCCACCCACCUUAAAGAAGGAACAACUCUUCCAUGGUCAAAUGUGAAAUGCUGCAUUAGAUGAAGUUUACAGAGAACAGAAGAGAGAACAAUUGAGUUGAAGCAGAAAGGGCAUGUAUAAAUUUGGGAAAGAAAAGAAUCUUAGUAACCAGUACAACAUUCUGUGUAGUCUAUUGUAAACACGUACACUCGUUUGCUUCACAACUGAAAGCAAAAUAAAUAAAGAUCUUUAAUAUAAGCUAAAUCCAUGAGCAGAAAUGAUACAUUUGAACAUUUCUCAAGCUGCUGAGAUUUCUGUUUUGCAUGCAUGUUGGUCUUUUAUGCAGUGCCAAAUGUUGUUCAGCUGACCUCUCAAAUUGGUAGCAGUAUUCAAGUUUCUGAAGAACUCCAGCUGAAUGUUUUGGUUGUAUUGAUUUGCCCAGCAGACAAUUCUGAUAUUUUGAUGCUUUAUUUUCAUCUGAUAAAGUAUUCUGGAAUUUCUCCUUUAGAAGCAGAUAGAAUAUAGAAUAUAAUUUAAUUUAAAUGCUUAGAAAUUGCUUAUAUUUUAGAGAUAUUUACUGUAGCCUGUCCAUAGCCUAUGGGAUAACGUCAGCUAUACAUCUAAAUCUUACACAUAAACAACAAUUUGAUACUUGCAGAAAAUGAAGUCUUUGAAUUCUAGAAUCAUUUUGAAAUAGCUUGAUCAUCCAGUAUAUAGAAUCAGUUGAGAUAAUUUGUAACAGUGCCUCAGUUCAUCUCCAGAACAAAAAAUAGAACAAUUCCUGCAAAUCAACACUUCGGCUGUUAAAGACAUGAAGCAUCUAUGCUUUAGUCCUUAGGAAUUUAUUAAUUGGACAUGUUUGUGUAAACAGAUGGGAGGAUUCUAGAAAGCUUCUAUCGGCAGCCUGGUUCACAUUUUACAAUAAGCCAAACAAUGGCUUAUCAGGUUCAUGCAAACAUUUGUUCAGUGGUUGCAGCUUGUUGUAAAGGAGCAGAGACCUAAACUGUGAUGCCAGGUUCAGAUGACAUGCUGAGCCAAACCUUGGCUUAACUGCCACAUUGUGCUAAAAGGACUAGGGAGGAGUAAAGUGCAUGGGAGCUCUUCUCUGAGAGCCGGCAUGUUUGUGCAACCCCUGUAAGACAUAGUUUGGCAUACUGUGGAAUGCAAACAGGGCCAGUAUUAUGAGCCAGUGUGUUGUGUUUGUGGUUGUAGAACACACGGAAAUGUAUUUGCAGUCUAUCUCAUUAGGAAUCACUGGGUUCAUUUGUUUUUCAAGUGUGAAGAUAGAAUAGCAAUAGCAUAUAUAAGAAAAAUGUGGUUUGCUAAUAUCCCUCUCUCUGCUCGCAGUCCUGUGCUAGAAAACCCUAUAAUUGCCUGCAUUGUUAUAGGACUCCCUUUGCUUCUGGGACCCUGCUGUCAUAGGAGAUUUUUCUUGCAGCAUGUUGCAGUGACUAAACUUUCACACUACUGCCCUGCAGCAAAAUAGCAGAUGCCCCAGGGCAAACAGCUCCAAUGUUGAUCACUGUUGAUAAAAUGUUCUGGGACAAUGUGCAUGUCAACACAAUUUUCCAUGUGAGCACCACCUCUGGAAGUAAUUGAUGACAGUAGUCGCUCUGUAGCAUUUUGCCAAUGUAUUCCAAAACUACCAGUAUAAGAACAUAAGAGCCCUGAUCAGCCCACAGACCCAUGUGGACUAGCACCCUGUUUGUACUAUGGUCAACCACAUACUUAUGGGAAGCCUGUAAGCAGGAUAUAUAUAUGAGUGCAACUGCAUUUGCCUCACUUGUGUUCCUCGACAAGUGGUACUCAGAUACAUUCCUCCUCCAGUUCUGAAGGUGGCGCACAGCUAUCAUGACUAAUAGCCAUUGAUAUUGUAAUCCUCCAUGAAUUUGUCCAAACCCAUUUUAAAACUCCAAUUUAGUAACCAUCAUUUCGUCCUGUGGCAGCAAAUUCCAUAGUUUAACUAUGCAUUGUGUAAAAAAACACUUCUGUCCUGAAACUUCCAAUAUUCAGCUCUCAUUGGGUGGCCCUGGGUUCUAGCGUUAUGAGAGAGGGAGAAGAACAUUCUCCUAUCCACUUGCUCCAUGCCAUGUAUAAUUUAUUCAUCAUUUCUAUCAUGUCCCCCCUUACUGAAUUAUUGUAUUUUAAUAUUUUGCUGGAAGCCGCCCAGAGUGCCUGGGGAAACCCAGCCAGAUGGGUGGGGUAUAAUUAUUAUUAUUAUUAUUAUUAUUAUUACUCCUCCUCCUCCUCACACCCCCCCACCCCCAACUGAAACACCUCAAAUGUUGUUUGCAACUUUUCAUAUAGGGAAGUUGUUACAGCGGCUUGGUAAUUUUGGUUGCCCUUUUCUGCACAUCUUUCAGCUCUAAAAUACACUUUUUGAUUAAAAUACAACUAUACACAGUAUUCCAAGUGCCCAAAAAAGUACUGCAGCAAUUUUAAGAUUCCACUGAGCAAAAGGAGGAAAUUUUAUUCCAGCUACUGUUAAACAUUUGCUGAAAAAUCUAUAGCACAACUAUUACAUGGUAUACAACUAGUUCCCCUCUCUAAUUUGGACUCCUAUGAAAAAAUACAAUCAGGAUUUCUUAGGUCAAUUUUCUGAACCCGUAAAUGUGUCCCUAAUGCAGCCCUGUGACUGGAGAUGGGCCUAUAUAGAAUUGAAGCCAGAGUGUGGCUAGUUACUCUAUACACAUGGCUAAGACUUAAUAAGACUCCAACUGGGCUGUUUCCCUUGUUGCUAAUUGAUAACUAUCAAACAAAAUGGUGGAAGGGCAUUACAAGAAAACUGUCCUUUUAUGGCCUUUCUCCUGAAUAGUUUGGAAAUGGGAAGGGCCAGAUAUAUAAUCAAAGAACAAAUCUGGGACAUAAAAUUCCAAACUGAUUUUAUCUGAUCCUCUAAAAUCUAUAAAUCUCUGCACAAAUCUCAAAUAUCCCAUCCAGCAAAUGCUAAACAUUGUUGGACAUUUUCCAGAGCCCAUUUUAAUGUUCUCCCUUCAGCACUGCUAGAGGACAGAUAUCAUGAAAUCCCAGCUGAACAAAGAUUAUGUCCAUGCAAUUCUAAUGAGAUUGAAUCCAUUGGGCACAUUCUUCUACACUGCCCGUGGUACCUGAAGAGAGCUUUUAUACCUUUAUUAAGGAAAUUUCCUGGAUGCUUAGAGGAAACUUCUUGCUGAUAAAAAUCUAGAUAUCCUCAGGCCUGUUGCAAAACUCUGUUUUAUAGCAACAAGGACAAGACAGGCUGUGGUGACAGUGAUGGCUGACGAAUGAGUACUGAUUUUAAUCUCUGGAAUUCAGAUUUUAGCUGAAGGAGUGUUAUUUUUAAUGUAAAUAAGUUUAUAGGCAAUUUUUAAUUACAUCCGCUUCUUCAUGUGGAUGUGGCAUAUAUUGUUAUUGUUAACUUUGCCGUCUGGUCUUUGACCGCAAUAAAAAUUGAUUGAGGGGCUAUAUCAAAAGUUCUUUGAAAGCCCAAUAAUACAAAGUGUAGCAUGAAUGUUACAAUUCAGAAGAUGGUACUACUGGCCAGAAGACAACAAUCAUGUGACUACGUUCUAUUGUGUUCAGGAUAUGUGCUUGCCUGCACAUGUUCUGUUGAUCAAUGAAACUGAUGCUUCCUCAAAUCCUAAAUGAGGUGUAUAGACAGAUCUCCAUGACUGCUCUGCGUGGAAGCAACGUGAACCUGCUACUGUCUAGGUUGGUAGCCUGGGCUGUUCAUAUUGCUAGGGGAAUAAAUAACAGCUUUAAAGUUUAAGUUUUAUUAUGUAAGGCCAUGUUUAGUGUGGAAGGUAUUCAUUUAAGUUUUGAGCAAUUAGGCAUGCUACAAGGCACAGAACUUACAACUAAAAAUUUGUAUUCCUAUCAUGCAGGCCAGCGACCCAAAUACCUAUGAGUUGAUACAAAAGAUACAUGCAUUGCAGAAACGACUUAUUAGCAAGACGGAAGAAGUGGUUGAAAAAGAGUUGCUCCUCCAGGUACAGUUGGCAUGUUGGAGGUAUCCUGCUUACAUACAUGUGUUUCUCUUGGGUCAUUUCCAUAUUAUUGGGUUCAUUUUUGCACAGGUGUUAUUUUUAUUUGCUUUGAGGGAUCCAUAUAUCAUCCCCUAAGGCUGUGCUUCUGUUGCAGGAAUACUGUACUCUCCACGCAAUCAAAAAAGUAUCUUAUGUUGCUGGGAAAAUGCAAACUUCCUUCAGCUAGUGCAGUCAGUGGUGAUGGGAUCAUGUGGAAUGUGGAUGUAUGAAUGACUGGUGUGAUGAAUAGUGCAUGUGAUGUGAAUGGUUGCAUGGAACAGAGAUCUAUUUGUCUUCAGAGCUCCUUGCUGGCUAAUUUCUUUUUCUAAUAAGCACACUCCUUAGAAGACUUGUCUAAAUCAAAAAGGCUUCCUGCUGCCUUCUGACACAUUGUUAUACAUAAUUUUGCUAGAUUAACACAAUUUUGCUUCACAUCACCAGUGCAGAACCACUCAGCUGUAGUAUGCUAGAUGGAAGGGAAUAGUCUUAGUUGAGGCAUCUCAGCUUCCUAUAUUCCUCCAGCUGAGCAAUUCUCUGGGGUACAGAGCCGUGCUGUUCUUUGUUUAAAAAUGGCUCUACAGCAAAACUAUAGAGCAGGGCCAUGGUACCGUCACUGCACAAAUCAAAUCUGACUAGAAAUGAUCUCUGAGAAAGCUAAUAGAAUAAAGGAAGAAAUGUGAUGGAUUGUAUGCAAAAGCCUUGAGUGCUGUUCAGAUAUUCUGGUAUUCAGUUUAUGGAAUUAAACGCAGUGCAUGUCCAGUAACUAGCUUUAGAUGGCAGCACUUAUUCACAUAUAAACUUUGUUUACAUGAAACUUUGUUGCUGCAACCCACAUUUCAGAAUAAAAAAUGUAGUGAAAAGUCCACCCCUCUACUUCCACUUAUAGCAACAACAACAAUCAAAACACCAAUUUUGCCAGCUUUAAAGGCAGCAUUAUUUCCUUGGUCAGGUCGUUCUGAAUCAUUUUGAUCAUGCCACUAAUUACCAGGUCAGUAGAGAAUAAUGCCUGUUGGAUUUCCUACUUUGCCUUUGGUAGAAGAUUUCAGUGGGUUUUUUAUGACUUAAGAGUAAGACGUGUUUUCUACAUCACUGGUUUUUCUUGCAGUGGACGCUAAGUAUUUCCUCCUUUUGCACAUUAUUUCUGUAGUUCAUUUUUUUGCGGUACAUACAUAUUGAUGUGUUUGGGAAUGCCACUAAAAUCUGAAGGGAAGGUUGCACAUCUUUAAGAUGUACCUCUACUUUGUAUUACAUUUCACAUAGCAUGCAAGACCAUUAAGUGCUCUGUGUCCCAAAAGGCAGUCUGUAUUUUCCCAACACAGAAAAUACAAGUAGAGAUGCAGGAUGAUGCUUUGACCUGAUGGAAUGAUGCCGCUUGUGUUCAUACAUGUUCUCCGUCUAAGUAGAAUUGUCUAAGCCUUGUGUUUUUAUGUCUCUACACAGUGAUUGUAAAUGCAUCAGGUAAGCAGAAAUUUUUAAUUGCCUGAAUAAUCCUAUGUUGCUAAAAUGCAGGCAUACAGAAUGCAAAUUGGAAACAGGAGUUUUCCUCUUAUUAAAGUAGCAUGAGGUAUUUUUUGGAAUUUCCUGUUCAAUAUUUUAUCACUUGAUGAGCACAAGGAACAUACUAUUAAUGAAGAAAGAGAUCAUUUUAGAAAUUUCCUUAGGAAGUUCAGCAUGUGUAUAUGGGUAAAACAUAGCAGUUAGUAUAUGGCCAAGAGAGUUAAUUGGAUUUCAGUUUACACUAAGAUGUAACCUCUUCCUUCCUCCUCUUAUCAUCAGCUUGUUGAUCAUUUAUAGGGUUUUGUUUUGACUCCUCUUGAGCCACUCCCUUGCUGCUACUUUAGCAUGAACCAGCAUGAGAUUUAAAUUUAACAGGUUUUGACUUGCCUUGUCUGCAUUGUGGCUCAUUUUUGAAGACCAGCUUAGCACAUUGUCCUUUAAAUCAGUUAGUGUGUAAAGUCAAGUUUGCUCCCUUCUGCUGGAGGUCAGUGUCUCUCUCCUCCUCUCUUCACUUUCCUCCUCUCUAUCCCCAAAUUUCUGGCAUAUAUAUGGUUGAUAGUUCAGAAUGGGAUGGUGGGUGUUAAUCAAAAGCCCUGGUACCUCCCGACAUACAAAAUUAUAAGAUGUAUGAUUUUCAACACAGUAUGUUUAAAUAAAUGGCAACCUUUCCUACAAUCAUGAAUCCAUACCCUGAGGUCUUCAUCUCAUCUAGAGACUAAUAUGAACCAAGCUGGACCUUGCUGUCAUCAUCUGCGGCCUUUCUUCCUGUGUCUCCUCCAUGAGAAACCUGGAGGUUGGUAACAUGAAAAUGGGUAUUUUCUGUGGUGGCUUCCCAUUUGUAGAAUGCUCUCCCCAGGGAGGCUCGCCUGGUGCCAUCAUAAUAUGUUCUUAGGCACCAAGCAAAAACUUUCAUCUGUAACCAUGCCUUUGGCCUUUAACUAUCUAUGGCCUUUUAGAAGUGGGUAGGAUGUUUUUAAUGUAUUUCCCCUCCUCUUGGCUUUAAUGUAUCUUUGUGGGGUGUUUUGUUUGGGUUGUCCUGGGCAAAAUAAUAAUAACCAAGUAAGUAAGUAAGUAAGUCAGUCAGUCAGUCAGUAAAUAAAACUUUUCCCUAGUUUGUUUGUUUGUUUAUACAUUUAAUCUCUCUCCCUCCCUCCUCCCUCCCUCCCUCUCUCUCUCUCUCUCUCUCUCCAUUUUAUCUUGAGGUAGGUUAGGCUGAGAGACAGUGACUGCCCUAAGUCAUCUAGUGGGCUUCAUGACCACUACUGCACACUAGGAAUAAGGGAAAUGAGCAGAAGAUUUGAAUGCCCCAUACACCAUGGCAAUUUUAUUCCUGUUUUAUUCUGGACAUGAUCGUUUGUUGAUGAAGCUGAACUGCAAUGUUGAACUGUAAUCAGUGCUAGUGUUGUCCAGGUAGUAGAUGCUGUGCAUAACAGCAUAGUUCAGAAGCUCCUAUAUAUGGUUGUAAAUAAUCUGGAUAAAGGCCCUUGUGUUCACAGAUAGUUGACAUUUUCCCACCUUCAGCUACUGUUCCAAAUUGCCCAGCUCUCCCAGGAGCUGCUCUGCCAUUGCAGGAAGAAAUGAGGUCUUUUGUUGAUUCCUGUCAGUCUCUGAGCCUUUCUUUUAUGUUGCUGUGGGUAGAAGGUGAUAACCUGGAAAUAAAUGGGUCCCUAUACACCACAGCUGUAAAUGCUACAGGAAGAUUUGCCACUUCCAACAGGAGAUGAAUUUUUAUGGGUCUUUCAUUGCAUUCAGGUCAGUUUGGUUUCCAAAGCCUGGGGAGAUUGGGUCAGAGUGAGAGCCUGGCUAGUGUGGUACUUUUAUUCUCGAGAAUACUCUGAAUUUGAGGCUGCAGUAUUUUGGAGAAAGCGUUUUUGUUGAAAGAGCUAUUGUAACUUUUUGAAAAAUGGAAAGAUACAGUGAAUGUGUGUUUGUGUGUGUGUGCGCGCAUGCGUGUAUAAACUUUUGUCUCCUGUUAUAGUAUCCAGUAUAUUUCGGGUGUAUCAUUAGAUGUAAUGCUAAAUAAACUUUGGGGAUUUUAUUUUAUUCAUAAUAAAAAUGACUAUUAGAGAAAGCCCCCUUAUGCUUACUCCAUUAGUUAUGAUUACGUACAAAGUCUGGAGACUUUCAAUUGUGCAGCAUCCUCACAGCAGCAAUAAACUGCUUCCACAGGAAAAAAAAUGAGAAAUCUCAUAAUUAAUAAAGCAUCUGUGUCCCUUAACCCCUAUUUAUUUCAGUCACCUCUUCAUCCCUAAAAAUCAUCAUUUGAUUUAUCUCGUAUGUGCAGUCUGUAGUACUAUUUAUAUUGAAUGGUUGUUGUCAGCCUGUGUGUCUGUGAGAGAAGGGAGUGUCAAAGGAACCAUGCCUGACUCUCAGACAGAUGCUUUGUUGUGCUUUUAGCACAAGCCAAAGGAUAGAGCCAGCACCUUUAUUGCUUGAUGCUUUGUGACUACUGUGGAGAGCAGAAACACAGAAGAUCUUUCAGUGUCUUAACAAACUCUUCUUUCAUUUUUCUUCUUCAGCAGUUCAGUACUUCAGCUGGUCUAGUUUAGUAAGUUGGGGGAUGGGGAAGAUAAAAUAAAAGUAAGAGCAGUUCCCAAUUGUUUCCUUACCCCUUAUUUUUUUCAUUGGGACAUAGGAAUCUAGAACACACAAUAAUCAUGCCAGAGUACGAAUGGUUGAAACCUUGGAACUGUACUAAUUUGUGGGUGGAGGAGGAGUAGAAAAUAAUGACCCCUUAUGGAAUAAAGGUGCAUUAGUCUGGUUAAAGGAACAAAAGUUUGAUGUCUUAAGUUUCCUUUUGCCACCAUUUUAUACUUCCUUCUACACCUUCACAACAGCCAUGUGAGGUAGGCUAGGCUAAGUCCAAUGCAGGAAAUGAACAAAAGCAAUGAUGAGUUAAGUGCAUAUGCUUGGAGUAUUUUCUUUUUGUUUAUCAAGGUUUGCCCCCCACCCCAAAAGUUCUUAGUUUGCUAAAAGUUGUGAACUACAUGUGCUCAGGGUCCUCCCCAUCAUGCCAUAAUGAAUAUAUUGUGUUACUCUUUAAAAUACCACUAGAUUUUUUGUGGUACCUUACUGCAUGUAUGCUUUUUAGGGAGAAGGGUGGCCUAUUUUGGGAAUUGCACCAGGGCCCCCACCACCUUAAUCUGCCCUUGCUUGCGUGAGUUUUCUCUGGACCCAGCUUUGCCUUAUUGUCUAGAAUUUGAGGCCUCUUGUCUCAUAGUAAAAGCCUGUUAUUCUGUACUACACAGUACAGAUUUUGUUCCAUGCCUCUCUGGCUUUCAGCUCAACUGCCAUAUGACAUUUCCUAAGAAGAGUGUAAGGUAUUUGGAUUCCUGUAAGAAAAGAGAAGUUGACCAGUAAGCUUACAUGUCCCGUAGAAGCAGUAGAAUAAAUGACAGAGAAUUUAAGUGUUCUGUACAGAAAUUUAAGACUGGGUUUUUGCAUUUUUCCAGUGGUACAGGAGCCAUAGCAGUUGAUUCAUUCCCAUAUAAUGUGAGAAUCAUGGGAGACCCCUGCCCCCAUAAACAAAUGUUAUUGGGUAUAGAUGCUUGCAUGGGCUCCUCCUGUAUCCUCCGUUACUGCAGUGGAGCUGGAAGGUGUUGUGCAGCUGUGGCUCCUAUGCUGAUAAGAGUGUGAGCACUGGAUCUAAGCCGGGGGAAAGGAGUUUUCAACACAUUCCAGAAACUCUCGGUAUAUUAAUGGCUAUUCUAAAGAUAAUUUGCAGCUUUAGGCAGGAGCUGAUAAUUGGGUAAUUCCAGUAAACAGACUGAAGAAAGCUCUGACCCUACAUUAAAGGACAUCAACAAAACCAAGAACAAAGGGAUACUAGUAAUCCAAAGCUUAUAACUGUAGAGGAAUUAUAAAGAGAAAGUUCCAAGGAGAAAGUGAGUGUUCGUCUAUUUAGCUGUUUCAUUUGUUUUGUCUGUAAGCUGCUUUGAGUCCCUUUCAGGGGAAAAAGGUGGGGUAUAUUAUUGGCAUUCAUCUGUCUUGAGAGACAAUGGAAUGUCCCCCCAUGAGGAAAGUCAGACUCCUGUGUUAGCAACACCAAAGUGACCUUCCCAGGGUUCAAGCCUGGGCAGUGUGCGUGGAGGUUCUGGGCUGCCCAGAAGACAUGAUCCCCUUCUUGGCCUUGCUUUUGUGGUCCAAAAAAAGCAGAGCAAUAUGUUUGGCACCAGCUUAGCUGCAGGAGUUGCCAGAAGGAGGCAUAUAUAACCAUCUUAGGGACUCCACUCCAUAUUUGUAUAAGUUUUACUCCUUAGCUUUUCUUCCCCUGAAGAUAUCCUGCAAGGCAGCAGAGGAUCAGUUUCCCUUCUUCUAGAUAGACUACCCUCAAUUCGCCAUUGCCUUCUUUGCAUGCAGGGGAAGUCCCUAACUCAUUGAGGGUUUGAGACCCAUCAGCUAUCCUCACCUGGUAUAGCUAGCCAGUUGAAGCCGUUCCCAGGGUGUGGCCACUGUCACAUGCUGUGUGACAGCUUCUAGGAACUACAGGUGAGAACUGAGUGCAGAGUGGGGACCAAGUAUGGACCAACUACCCCAGGAGGAGCACAAAGUGUCCCCCACCAGAGGUACUACCCAUCCCCUAGUAUCAAUACAUACUAAUGCUAAUAAUAAUUACAAGGGCUUGAACAAGUUGGAAAACUCCAAUCCUUCCUCGGAUGAUACUGUGGAAUGUGCUGUCUCACUGCACUAGAAAUGUCAGAAGGAUGCCUCUGGGUGAACACAUGGUUUUUCCCAUGUAAUGUUUUGUUAAUGCAUAUAUUUUUACAAGUUUGCAGUCUAGGAUGGUUUUGAAUCAAAUUGUGCAACUUUACUGGUUAUGCAACUAAAUGGAAUCUUCCUUACUUUGAACUUUGGGAGAGGCAGACUUUUCUAGAAUGUUCUGCUUCAUAUGCUCAGCUACAAUUCUUAUAUUCACAGAAUCAUGUCAGGAACGUCAAAAGUCUAGUCUAAUCUCUUGACAGUGCAGGAAACCUGCUACUGCAGCAUCCAUGCUAUGUGGCCAGCCACUACUUACAAAUCUCAAAUGAAAAAGUAUGUACUAUUACUGUAUAAGGGAGGAAAUAACAAAUAGUAAAUGAACAAAGUAAUAGUAAUUACCUUGUAGAUAUAGCUAGCAUAGCUUGAGGAAAAAGUGAAUUAUGCAUGUCUUUAUUUGUUUAAAAAUCUAGCUGUCUUCCUUUAAAGCAAACUCCCUUUCUAAAUUUGAUUUUCUGUCUAACUGACUAACAGUCUGGUUUACUUAUCUGCCCAUUCAAACCAGAUAACAGUGCAAUGACAUCAUAUUACCUGCUGGUUGUCAGUCAUCUUCUCUAAAGACUUGUCAUGAUCAUAAAGAAGGUAUAUGCAGGAAAAAGAAUGGUUUUAGCUGAGAGACAGUGCAAAAAGAACUCUUUGUAUUCCAGAAUACAUUGUGAAAUCCUCAACAUAUUAGAGAUUUCACAUAGGUCUGGUAGCAUCCCACUCCCAAAGUCUGAUUCUAAAAUCCACAUAGCGAAUUUUGAAGUCCUGAACCCUUAAACUUGUACCCUUAAUCAAACAAAUAGUUAUGAUGGGAUUUCUAUUCAAGAAUGUAAAUAUAUUUCUGAGCAGUGUUUUCAGCCUAAAGUUGGUACUUCACCUUGAUAUCUGAUUUAGCCUGAACCUAAAAAAUGGCUAUGGAGCAUGUGCUGUAUUAUUUCAGUUUGAUGGGUUGUAUCCAGUGAAAUCCUGUUGGUUUCAAGGACUUUUGUCUGUGCCCGAAAUCUUUCCAGAUGCCUAGGGUACCCCCAGAACAGAUUUGGCAGGGGUUGCACGGAGGGAAUAAGCCCUGUUUAGCUUCACUGAUAUAGGCCUGUUGCACUUCACAUUCUUGCUUUUAAAUCUUGGCAUUUGUUAUUCCCUAAAUCAUUCAGGGAUCUCAAAUUGUUUGACAUGCUUCUUCUCUGAUCCCUUGUUAAAGUUUUCUAAAACCUUUGCAAAACCCCAUUUGAGGAUUGGGCAUCCUCCUUGGUCCUUGGGAGGCAAUCUGGGAUGGAGAGUCAGUUCUAGCUGGGCUGGGAGCUGUUGCUUGAACUUGGCCCUCCCUUCCCUCUUUUCCAGUCCCCCCCCCCCAGUGUUGGUAGCCCCUUGAUUAUAAUCGUUUUGGGCAGAAGGUGGACAGGUGAGCUAUACCACAUAGAGCAAGAGAUGGGACACAAACAUUUUAUUGUGCAGAAGAGACUAAAGGGUGUGUUCACAUUGCCACCUUAUUAUUUCUAAUUCCAAUUCAUAUUGAAAUGGUGUGUGAAAUAAGGAGGGGGGGGGGAGAGAAUCAUCAUGGUUUUUAAGUUGAGAAGCAUCUUGAUGUUGGCACUAACUUUUCCUUCCUCCCCAGAGAACAAAACCUUCAGGAGGAGGCAAUACUUUUAAAUCUGUGCUUUUUAAAAAAGGAAUGGCAAUGAUCAGUUUAACUUCAUCUAUUAGAGGUAAUCAGCUGAAUUUAACAAAAGGAAAAUUGUUUUCCAAUAAAAACCAGUUAUGUUAAUCUAGCAUCAAGAGAUGGAGAAAAUAAAGCAGAUCACUUAGCACCCAAAUGAAGAAUUUGUGAUAAAAAAACUUCCUCACUUCAGGUCUUACUGAAUCUUUGUACCUUUUCUUUAAGAGCACAAAGAGAGAAGAGGGUUUUUUUGUGUGAUGAAUGUUCUUUUGGACAACAGCAAGAUGCAAAAUUGACAGAAGAAUUAGACAAAAUUGGAUCAAAAUUACAACUCUGGGGAAUCCUCACCAUUUUUAGCUAUUUUGAUGGGAUCUCAGUAUGAGAUAUUUUCAGACUAAAGGUGCCAGUUACAAAGAAGACAAAGUUGCAGCCGGAAGAGAAAUUAGUUUGAGUUUAUUGUUAGAAAAGCUCCAUGAAUAUUUAAUCUCCUUUAUGUUUUAAGGGAAUUUAAAAGAUUCAUUGAAGCUAAAAGGCAAUUCUACUGGGUCAUAAAAUUGCACCCAUUGCAUCACAUGGGAUUUAUAUAAUUUCUUCUUACCUAUUCUUGAUAGAUGGGUGCCAAGGAACGCUUUUGUUCUCUGCAUUUUAAUGGGUUUUGCUCCGUUUUGCAUGCAUCUUAAAAAUGAGAAUAAAAUAGUCUAAAAUACAUAAAUAAAUUUAUAUAUUCAUCUUUUGCCAGGCUCUCUGUCCAGUUCAGUGGGGGUCCAGAGUGUUUGUUCCUGGUGUUGUGUAAUCGGGACAGAUUAGGGAUUCUGCUGGUUACCUCCCACUUUGCUGCCCAGCAGUCUUGCUGCCUGAACUGAUCUUGGAGGUGGUGUUGAGGACUUCCAGACUGCUGGUGUUGGGGGACUUCAUCAUCCAUACCAAAGCAGUUAGCUCUGGGGUGGGUGGCUCACGACUUUAUGGCUGCCACAUAGAGUGCAUUGCAGUUAUCCAACCUCGAGGUUACCAACACAUGGACUGCAGUCGUCAGGCUAUCCCUGUCCAUGGACUUGGAAGAAAAUCCUACAGUGUUCAGUAGAUUUUACCCCCAUUUAGUUGUGUACAGGUCACAGCCUGUCAGGGACUCACAGGGCUCUGGUGAAUGUGUGACGGAGACAGGGGGUCUGGAGGCUGACCCAGGAGAGGGGGGCAGUGAUUUAUGGAGUUUGAUGCCACCCACAAGGCAGCAGCCAGGACAGAGGGAAGGGGAAGGGUCAGUCAAAGGUGGAGAUGGGGGCAGGAUGUGUCAGAAGUAGAGAAAGAGGCUCUUCAUGUGACGGGUGAACUGGUUAAAUCCCCAUCAUCCCCUGUCCUGCUGUCUCCUAGAACCAGGAGGGUCUUGAAGAGGGAAGUGGAGGGACAACCUCUGUGCAGGAGAAGUCAGUCUCAGGUUACAGGCAUGCACACCAUCAGACGAGGAUACAUAAGCCCAGGGGAGGGCAUGGUCCUACUGUUGGUUCAACUGCUCCGCCAGGCGUGAACCUGGAAAAGUUAAUGCCAGCUAUGUAGGUGCAAGAAGUGUGUGCAGGUGUGCAUCUGGUGCACCUUAGGAAGUGCUGUAAGUGUUGCUUUUGUCAUUAAAGAAUUAACUAUCAGCCAUUUGCCUUCCAUGGCUGUGUUUGUGUGGGAGAGCACUGGAGGUAUUGAUUUGUUGUCCUAGUAAAUGGAAAACUCCUACUUCCCAUAACAAAAGAAGAUGGCAAGCCAACAAAAAUGCAGAAAAGAACUUCUGUGUUACUUCGUUUUUUAGAAAACAUGCUGAGUAUAGUGAUAGUACGUUCAACUCGUGUCAUUGGAAGACAAGGUGAGGGUGAACAUCUUCUAAGAGGCUGUAAGGUAUCUUCUUCUCUCAUUAAGUUGUUUUGAAAAUGUUAGUCAUUUUGGUGCAAUCUGCUCCAUGCUGUAGGGGACAAACUUACUACUUAAAAGCACUCGGAGAGACAGAGAAGCAUGUCAGGGAUGUAGCAGAAUACAGACUACAAUGCAUUCUAUCCGAUACAGAGAAACCACCCCAAUCUCCCCUUCCUUGGCUGCAGGUUAUUUAACUAGGAGUUCCUUAAACCCUUGUUAUUGUGCAUCCCUACAACUGUAUGGAGCUGCUUGCCUAUGAAAAUAUGAUAUCUUUUAUCAAUGAUUCUAACUAAAUGAAGUUCCUUCCUGAAGAGCAAUCUUAAACUUUCAAAUUCUGUAAAGUAGUUAAGAAGCUUGCACAAAUAUCCUUGCCUAUCUAGCACAGAUAAGUUGGUAAGAGCAGACCUACUGCAGGGUAGUGCUCCUAUUUCCAGCUUAACUUAUCAUAAUUUAUGGUAAAAAGGCUUUUGAAAUGUCUGGAAAAUCAAAAGGAUAAAACUCUCUAUCUCCUAUCAUAGGUCAAUAAUGGCUACUAAUCUUAGUGGCUAUAUUACCUCCAGUACCAGGUGUAAUGUCCCUGAAUAUUAGUUGCUGGGACUCAUGAGUGAAAGAGUGCUAUUACUAUUUCCAGAGAUAUCAGACACACCAUGAUAAGAACAGAAAGUGACACUAGAUGGCCUUUGAUCUGAUCCAGCAGCACUCUUAUUGUGUUCUUACUCACUGGGGGAACCAGAGUAGCCACAAGCCCAAGCCUAAAACCAUAUUAAAAUGGCUUCAGAUCCUAUGGAUAUACUCUUAGAGGAAUUGUUAUUAUGGAAAGAAGAAUAUGGCUCUAGGGUCUGACUGUCUUUCAUCUUGAAAUUGCUUUGAGUGAAUAAGUAGCUUCUUUUCAAAGGAGUUUGUCAUAUUGCCCAACUAGAAUUUGUUGGCUAUAUGCCCCUCACUAGAAAGCAAUAGUGAAGUUCAUGAAUCCAGCUGCAAGAAAAUGUUUCCUUCAAGUUGGGUCUCACCGUUUGGAUUAACUUCUCAGAUAUCCAUGCUAUGACAUCAAUUCAGCAUGGGGUAACUGAGGGCUAAUUUCUCAACUGUUAAAACAGAAAACCUAGCAAAGGAUGAUGCUUGCGUGUCAUGAAUACACCAGCUCUAAGUGUAAUCUCGCAGCCGGCUGCAGAAUGCAGUCAGGAACAGGGAGGCUGGGUUUUCAAGCCAGCACAGGAGAGCCUGCAGCUUCUAGCGUUGACUCCCCCUGACCUUAGACGGCCAGCUGAUAAGGGAGGAAUGGAGAGCAGGCUGGAACACAGCCAAAGCUCCCCGGAAGCCCAAACAGGCACGGAAAGUCAUAGAGACAGCUUUUCGGAACAGGAAGGGGCUGCAGCUGACCAAAUAAGUCCAAGGUGUAGGCGUAUAGGCAGGCUUCUAGAUAGGAAGCAAAAUAAGAAACAUAAAGGUUGAAGGUUCAGUCUCUUUUCUCAAAGAGUCUUUGCUCUUCUGUAGAAUAUGAUUUUUCAGUGCUGAUCAAGGAAGGUGGGAUAGCUUUUAAAAAGGAAGCCUAAUAUGGCACACACAUGACAAUGAGUGAAGCUCAUAGACUUCUUGAUUUAUAUGAACUGAAACGUUGCAGCUUUCAGAAGUAUUUGCUGAAAUUUAUCACAAGUGAAAGACCUUUUAAGAAGAGUUUUUGAGAACAUCCAUAUUGCAGCUAUCUUGGAAAGCUUAAGGCAACUUUCCCCCAUUGUUGUAAAAGAAAAGAAAAAAGUGAAGGUUACUGUAUGCUAAUUUUUCAUAUGCCUCAUAAAACAUUUCAUCAUAGGCAUCCUGAGCUGAAAAUGUUCUUAUUAUGCAAAAACUUUAAAAAGAAGAAAACAACCUCACUGUGCUCAUAGAAGUAAACUGAACAGGGCUAUACAUUGUUGUAUUUAAACUAGUAUCAGCUUCCUAUGUAACUUCUUGCAGAAGGGUUCUUAGCCCACUUGGAAUUUUCACUGCUUCAUUACAUCAUGAACAAAUAGUUCUGGAGUUCAGUGUAGUUGACAUUUUGGUUAUAAUGCCAAUAAACAUGAAACCCUCAAAGCAGAGGGUUUUGUUUUCCUCAUCAAUGCAAUGUCAAACCUCACUGUAAUUCUUCCACUAAUUGCAAUUAAAGUCUUUGUAAGAUUAAAUGUUUUAGGGCUCUUUUUAGAACAAUAAGCAGCACAGCUUUUAAAAUAUUUUAAACUUUCUGUUAAAAUUCUGCUCUUAAUGCUGGAACCUUGAUUAUGACAUUAGUCUCAGCCUCUGAUGAAUAGUGGCAGUUCUGGCUCUUUCUGUUUGCCAUAAAUUCUUUUCUUGGAAUACCCAGAAUUACUCUAGAAGUUGUAUCUACCACCAAGCAGAGUGUGCUGAAAUAUUAGUUUAGGAUGGUAGUUGCUAAAGAAAAAUGUGAGAAGCAGUUUUGGGUUCUAAUGUGAUCUGAAAUGAUGAGGAGAAUUCUGGGGAGGCUGAUGUUGGACUGAUAGGGGAAGAAGAAGAAUGUUUGAUAGCACCCACAAUAAUGUUUGUGCAGUCUGUACAUUUGUUAAUAGCUGAUAUUCUACAAAUGGUUUAUUGAAUGUCCCGCCAUAUAGAUAAAAGAAGGUAUAAAAGAUUACUUUUGUUUGCAGUGACCUGUAGUUGUCCAAGAACAACAAGUAAAACAAAAAAUGCAUUUUGCAAAGAUAUGUAGUGCACAUUUCUGCAUGCAAAGCAGAAGAAAUAUAUAGCAGGGAUUUGCAAAAUGUAGUGAGAGGUUCUUGGUGUUUAACAAGGAUCUAGUUAUUUCUGAAAUAUGUAACCAAGGCAGCAGCAUUGGAGGACUAGAAUUGUAAUGUGACUUCUUGGACAGUGAAUAAAUCUUCAUUAGGAGUGAGACUGUUGAUCAUCUCUAGUUAAAAUGACAGACUGGGCUUCCUAAUGACAGAGUUAGCACUUGUGCCAUUUUCUAGACUAGUGCAACAGCCUGACUCAGGAAAAAACCCCAUCAAAGUGAACACCCUUGUGUGUUCAGAAUUGUUAGCUCCUGCAUUGGUGUUUCCCUGGGCAGCAUUCUGUUAUCUGCAAGAAGAGGACUACAAGAGCUUGCAGUUCAAGAGGCUUGAGAUACUGGCCUUUGAUAAUCAACUUGGCUUGGGAAAAGUGAUCAAAGUGAGCAAGCAGCAAAUGUAGUGUUCCUCUGCAAAUGAAUGAUAUAUUUAGUGUAAGACUUCUAGCCUUUUCUCUCUCUCCUUUUCUGCUUACAAUAGAAUUGUAGUCUGGAUUGCAGAGAGAGCUAUUUGUGCUGGCCUGUGGGUGUGUUGCUAGGUGGUAGUGGACAGGUAGACAUAUGCUGUAGUACAGAGCUUUUUUUCUGGAAGUUCUGUUCCUUUGCUGAAAGGUUCUACUCUGGAUCCUACCCAAUAUUAUAUUAUAUUAUAUUAUAUUAUAUUAUAUUAUAUUAUAUUAUAUUAUAUUAUAUUAUAUUAUAUUAUAUUAUUCCAAGAACUGACACUAUUUGUGGGUCACAAGUUCUGCAGGCUUGCAUUGUACAGCAGAGAUCAAUGACCUGGGUUACAUUAGCCUUCAUCAACCAGCAUGUGCGCAACUUAGUAGCUGAAAUUCUGUAGUCUGAAUUUGUAUCAUGCAAGGCACUAGUAGGACCAAAAUCUGAUUAAGACGGCAGCUAGUUCACAUUCAGAAGAAGGAAACACAAAAUAUUAAAAUAAAUGGAGUGACAGGUUCAGAAAUAUGUUGUCAUGGUUUAGCCUAGAGGCAGAUCCAUGGGCUUCUUCGAGCACUACUGGAAAAACAAAUCUUACAGGCUGGCAGGAUUUGCUAAAAAUAAUCCUAAAGUUUAUUUAUACAAAUAAUAUACACUGGCAGAAAUGCUGAAAAGCCUCAAACCCCCAGUCUGAGUCCCUUCCUUGAUGUGCAGUUCUCAUAAGCAUUAUUUACUAUGGGAAUGGGGUAGGAGUCUAUCAAGGAUAUAGGGUCUCUGCUGUGGCCCUUCUCUAUGUAUUGUUUCAUUUAUCUUUGCUCUGUCCUUAUUGUUAACAGCAGUCUGCAUUUCUCCUGGUAUUUUAUGGUGAUCCACUUUGUUAUGUCCCCCUUUUCAUAGUUCAUCAUUAAUUUAUUCAAUUGUGCAUACAGCCCAUCCUUUUUCAAAGGAAUAGGGCAGACAUCAACAUAUAAAGCAAUCUGAGUACUUGGCUAUUACAUUUUUUGUAUUUUAUUUUAAGCCCCCUAAUGAGAAUACUGUUACUCUGUUUUAAUUUAAUGUUUAUAUGGUGUACAUUGCUCUGCAAUGAUUCUGUAAUUAAUAGGCUUUGUUUUACUUUAGUAAACAACUAGUUUUAAAGAUGAGCUGCAUUUGGCUUGGGACAGACCAUCUUAUGAUCAGAGGGCAUGUUAUGUUUACUUAAUUCUGAAUAAGAACUUUCACUCAGGGAUGAUUGGCAUUUUAAUUUGGAACAACCUAUAUUAUUUUUUCUCAUAAAUGUCGAGCAGCAAUAAGUCAGGCUUUAGAGAAGCAAAGUGGCAUAAAACAUCCAAAUAAUGAAAAUAUUUAAUAGAAACUUGUGAAUGAAUGUCCAAGCUAUGGGCUGUCUGAAGCCAGAAGGGAACACAAGAGUAUAUUUAUGGGGGAAGAGCUCAGACAUGUCAAAUUCUCAAAGCCUCAAGCAUGCUCUGGGGCAGGGGUCAGCAAACAUUUUCAGAAGGGGCCGGUCCACUGUCCCUCAUACCUUGUGGGGGGCCGGACUAUAUUUUUUUGGGGGGAAAGUGAAUGAAUUCCUAUGCCCCACAAAUAACUCAGAGAUGCAUUUAAAAUAAAAAGACACAUCCUACUCAUGUAAAAACAUGCUGAUUCCCGGACCGUCCACAGACCAGGUUUAGAAGGGCCUUAGUUUGAGCCAUAUCAGCCUCCAGGCCUUAGUUUGCCUACCCGUCCUCUGGGGUAUCGUUUCAAAUACAGAAUGGAGUUAAUGAGCCUUUUCUGCCACUUUUGUAAAAAAUAAAUAAAAAUGGGGUGGUUUGCCUUUGAAGCAGGGAGGGCAAGAGUUGGGGAUUGGAGGCAAACCCCUCUUCAAGCUAUAUCCAAGCUAGAAUGGGUAUGGGACUCACUUGAUUUGGUGUUUCUUUUUUUGAGAUGAGGAGAUUUGCCUUUCAGCCUGCACACAGAGAGACACCAAACUUCUUUAGUAUCUAUAAUUUUGGUUGCAUUUGCUUUUAAGUAAAUUGGAAAGAUAAACUCUGUCAAAUGGGAUUCAGGAGUUCUGUCUGCCUUGUUCUGUGCAACUUCUGGCUUACUUGAAUACAGUAACAGAAUGUAGGCAAAUGACCACUGUUAACACACAUUUUGCUUCUUCUUUGAAGAAGAAAGAAUUAAGUAUAAUGGACUUCCUUUUGAUGUUUCCCUGACAUUUGGUGAUCUUAACUCAGUGACAAAUUAAAUGACAAGACUUAAAAGAAAUAGAUACUGUUUAGUGAUGAUAAUAAUGUGGUUCUGCUGCUGCUAGAUGAUGGCAGUAAUACAUAUUGGAGAGGAAACCAGUUUCAGCUGCAUAGGAUAGAUUUCACUUUCUAAUAGAAAUGUAUGCAUUGUCUCUAAAUGGGGUUAUUAUCCACUCCAUUGCACAAUGUUCAGAGGACUUGGUUGGUCCUUGUUGAGGGUUACAAGAGAAAUAAAUUGGAAACCAAUUGCAAAUAAGACCAGCGGUCUAUCAACUGCUCCUUAUUUAUCCAUAUUACCAGGACCCUCUUACAAAAUACAAACAUGUACAACAUUCAAGGCUGGGACAUGCUUGGUUGUGAAAACUGUUGCCAUCUUCUAUAGUCACAACUAAUGGGAAAGCCAACAGCGUGAAAAACAGUUCGAUCCUAUUUUGAAUUGCAUAAUGAAAUUUCACCUACGAGUAAACUAGUGGUUUUUGUUGUGGGAUAAUUUCAAAACAGUGAUCUCUGUAAUAAUUAUGAGGCUGUAUUGUGAAAGAAAAUGUAUCUUGUAAAUGAUAUUGAUAUUUUUCAUUUUAUUUUGGUGUCUUUGUUCACGGAUACCAAAAAGUCUAAAACUAGGUAAGUUUUAUUCAUAACAAGUGCAGCCUCUCUGGCUCCAGGCUUCAAGAUCAUGAAUUGCUUUUGAAAAUAUUGGCCACACUCCAUGCAAUUGAGUGAUUAACCAGAAGUAUGUGUACUGUAGAUAGAUGUUUUUUCUACAAUUCUUUUUAUUCACACCCAGGAGUCUGACAGGAAGACUUAUAGUGCUACAUAGUAGCAAGAAAAGCAGGCAAAGAGGAUGAUCAGCAAAGGCAGCUUAAAUGUGAAGCAAAAUAUCCAUGUGGGUUCAAUCUUUUUUCUUCUUCUACAUCUCCAUUUAAAAUAUUUUUCUUUCUUUCUGGUUGAAGUCUCAUGAUGCAAAGCUUUCUACAGAAAUGUGUGUCUGAAACUCAUUACCAGUUUAAAUACACCGAGCAAAACAAUAAAAAAUUGGUCAAGGAUGUCCCUUUUAACAUUACCAUCCUUUUCUCUUGUUUUUCUGAGUCAUUUAAGGUACUGACAGAUUCCCAAUAUAUUUGUCUGUUUACUGUGCAGUACUUAUUUUUUAAGGUAAUCCAGAAACUAGUACGUAGUUUAGGGCUUCAUUUCUAACAGACAAUUGCAAUAGAACAGAAAUCGUCUGAUGAAGUGCUAAACCUGUAUUAAGACAGAUUCUGGGAUUCUAGGUUGACUAAGUCAUAUUUGGAGUAGACCCACUGAAAUUAACAGACUUAGGUUCUUUAAAUACAUUGACUUCCAUGGUUCUUCUUUGAGUUUGACUCAAAGCGGCAACUUCACAAAACCUUUAUAAAAAUAUAUAUUAAAACAUAUUUAUAUAAAAACUGCUGAAAGUUACAUAUAUGAAAACUAUUUUAAAUCCAAUACAGAUUCCAACUGGGAUAAAGAAAUGGUAAAUUGCAACUUAUUCCUAGAGUUUCUUUGUCUUUCUUUGGUUGGGGUUUGAAGUGUACCUCUCUGGAGCCCAUGACAGUUAGUGAUACAAAAUUAUGCAUAGUUUUGUGAACAGCAAUAAAAUGUUUCUCAUGUAUACACAAACAAAAAGAAAAAUUCAAAGCAUUUUUUAAAAAGGCCUUAAGCAUAUUUGACAUCAUUCAGCAACUGUAUUUUUUCUCUGUCAUGUUGCUUUUCAGUUUCCGAUUAACUGGCCACAAAGCAAACCAUGAAAGAUGCAGCCACUUUGUUUGAACAUUGUAAGGACAUUGUCAAAUAUUGCAAAAUGAGACUGGAUUUAAAGCAGAAAGAAUCCAUGCAAAAUGUGAAUAAAAGAUCAGUGACAAAGAUGAAAGACUUUCUUCCAGCAAAGUGUUUAACUACGGCAUCUAUCAUUUCAGGGAGAAACUAGAAGAACUGUUUUUUUUUUAAAAAAAUAUUUUUUAUUGAUUUUCCAAUAUCAUUCCAAUAACAGCCUCAUUAUAACAAAACAAAUUUUAUCCAAUUAAUACAAUUAGAAUGCCAAAUAUUCAUAUGUCAAAUUAUACGAUUUAAUUAAACUAGCCCCCUCGCAUGCUAGAGUUGAUGAGUUCAUUCUUCUACAUUUUUUCUGCAUUCCAAAAUUUUAAUAAUUUCCAUUCCAUUCCAUCCAGAUAUAAUAAUCCCUUAUAUAACAGCUACAGCCUUGUGAUUUCAAUUAGUGUUGGCAUAAUAGGUAAUUUAUAAAUUUUCAAGUGAGGAACUUUAGCUGUACUCCUUAUUCUUUCCUGCAUGUGACCAUUUUCCCCAUGAUGUUUCCCCAUCCAUAUAAGGUGGUAUAUCCGUUAUUCCUGCAACUGUUGAUGGCUCCCGUCAUGUUAUCUCACAGUUUCCAAAAGUCACUGCAUCACUUCAUCCUGUGAUUUGGCUUCCAGUAAACAAGCCGUCUUUACCAUUUUCCCAGACAGUCAAUCAAGAAACUUCUAUUCUCGCAGCUGGUAGGCUCAUUUCCUCCCUUCCACUGAUUUAUGACCAUUUAACCUUAUCUCAAACACAUUCCUUUGUGGAUAAUGGAGAUUAGGGAGGAUUUUGCUCUAAAUUUUCAAAGCAUAGCGUUUCUCUCUCUCCCCUUACCUCUCAGUUCCUUUCUCUCACAUACCAAUUUCUAAUUUUGUUAAAUUCCAUAUUCUAUUCCAAUUUAUUCCAUUCUCACUUGUGCUGAUAUUUUAAAAUAAAACUUGCAUUCUAGGGUGGGGGUUGCCGUAUCAUAAAUGUAGAGAAAAAACUUGAGUAAGUAAACCGUGGGCUCCUUUCCCCCCACCGUCUCUUUCACUGAAUGAAAUCUGCUCUCAAUCCAAACCUUUCACAUCCUUGUAGCUGCGUUGUUUUUGCAGCUUCUUAUCUCAUCGUCUCUGGUAUGUGCCUGUAGUUUACUCCAAUUAAAGUCCACUUAACAGGAUAAGCUAUGCUUCUAGGGACAGGAUGGUGUGUGUGUGUGUGUCGCAGCAGCCGGAGUGCUCCAUGCACCCAGUGCCUUUGCCUGCCCUCACAUUCAUGGGGAAGCGAGUGCCAGAGUGCCAGGCAAACGGCAGAUGAGAGCCUGGAUCCUCUUCCAACCGAAGAGGAAUGCAGAUAAUGAAGUUCCUCCAUCAUUAUCUGAUUAUCUCUGUCUGUCCGUCUCCCGCUGUGUUGAGAGAAACUCCAUUCCUGGCGCACCGGAAACAGGAAGCCCGAAACGAAAAGAACUUUGUGUAGGAUGAAAGGGAGACCAGAUUUGGUGACCCUUGGUGAAAUAAUUGCUGGCACUCUUUUUGAUGUAAAAAAAAGUCUAAGUAAACUGGGAUACAGCAGUGGCCAAACUCAAAGGUUUUGCAGGUGUAUGGAUUCCUACCCAUACAAGUAUUCUCUACAUUAUUAUUAUUAUUAUUCUACCACGCUUUCACUCUAAGAUCUGAGGGUGGAUCACAACAAUUUAAAAUACAGCGCAGAGAGUUUAAAACAAAUUGCAAUCACAAAAAUAGUUUGGGUCCCAAAAGCAUAGUGUCAAUGGCCAGGGUAAAGUGGUGUGUCUUCAGCAUUUGUCAAAAAUUGUAUAGUGAGGGCAUGUUUUACAUCACUAUCAUAGUCACCUCUCUUUCAAACCUUGAAGAAAGGGCAGGAUCAAGAUCAUGAAAAUUAGGGAAGACUAAAUCAGUUUUGUUAGUACAUCAUUGCAUAUUUCAAACAUUAUGUUGUUUCAACAGAAUAUUAAUUUUGAGCAGGUGAUUGUAACUAAGUAUAGAAUACUGGUACAUUAGGAGUGGAUUUGGUAAUGCAAAUCUUAAGCGUGUUGCAAGAUGAACUCUGCAUGUAAAAAAUGCCAAUGGCUAGGAUUAUUAUUUAUUUUAUAGAAUUUACACACAGCUUGAUUGUUUUAAAAAACCUCAAAGAUAAUAAAAUCAAUUUAAAAAUUACAACAAAGGAUUGAAUUUGAAUUUAUCUUCAGCAGUGUAUUCUUCAAUAUGAUAUGUUAAACACUCUGGGGUUUUAAGCCCAAUUAUAUAGCCUAUGGAAAAGGAUGAAAGUGCAACUGCAAUCAGUGAACUCAAACCUUGAGUUCUGCACUAGCUACCUCAAUAAACAUGAAUACCUGCAAAAGUAGAACCAUAUGGUUUGAGAUGCAUUUGCCAUACUUUGUUAAAAAGACGCAAAACUAUAGUGAAAAAGACACAAAAUUCAGCUCAAAUUAACAGUGAAAAGAUGUAAAACUUUUCUAUUUUGCUUGAAUCAGCAUUAUAGGCCAGCAUGUUUGUAUUUUCACAUAUGCUCUUGAUAAAAGUUCUGUGUUGUGCCUAUGAGUUAUCCAUAUAAUUAUGUAUUUGUAUGGUGGUUGUUAAAUCUGUGCUGCCCUGUUCUAAUUAUGUUGUUAGCUUUCUUCGGUUUUUGGAAUAUUAGUGCUUGGCUAAUUGUUAUAUAUGUUAUAUAUGAUUAUUCUUGCAGGCUGGCUUAAAAGCACUAUGAUACCGAGUGGCAGAGCAAAUGUUUUAGGAUAAAAAUAUAAAUAAUAUCUUAGAAUGAUCAGUUUUUAAACUGUAAAACCUUGUGAAAAUUAGAAAGGAUUACCUCAUUACUGUCUUACAGUGUGAUUUACAGUUUUCAUUAAUAUACUGUGCAACAUUUUCAUAUGCUUGCUGGGAGCCACUUGGUGUAGUACAGGUGCAAAAUAGAUUCAUCGGUAUAAGUGGACUCACUUGUUGGAGGAAUUGAUUCAGGAUAAACUAUAUUUACUAAGACAGCAGAUACGAUUUUUUGUUUGAGAAGAAGUAAAGCACCACAGCUAAACAAAAACAGUUAGCUUAUGAAAAUCUUUAUGGUCUGGAUUGUACAUACAUUCUAAGGUGGCAAGUGGACAAGCGUAACUUCCAAAUUGGUUUCAUCUCACCUUACAUCCUAGGAGAAGGAAAAACUGUAUGUAGAGCUGAAGCACCUCUUGGCCCGUCAGCCUGGACCAGAAGCAGCAGAACAGUUGCAGUUGUAUCGGCACACUCUGCGGGAGAAGACCAAGCAACUUAAAGUAAGAGUCAUUUCCAAUAAUUCAUUAUAUAAAUAGUGAGUGUAGAAAUAGAUAGAUUGUACUCCGUAGCCCCAGGAAGUAGGAAAUCAUUAUUGUCAGGGACAUAAGGACUUGUGUUCUGAAAAAUCUUUUGAACCUGGAGGUAUACUUCUUAAUUCAUGGAUAAGUACUUUAAGAAUAGAACUGCAAGUAUGUUGUCACCCCAGAAAGGUAAAUGGGACCUCCAAAUUCAGAGGCAGAAUUCUCCAGAGUAACAUAUCGAAGCAGAAGCAGCAUGCUUUUGGUAAAGUCUUUUUCAGAGGCAGUUUGCCUCUGAAUACCAGCUGUUGGGUAGAGAGAACGCAGCUGCACUGCUUGUGGGCUUUCCCUGGGCUCGUUGGCCACUCGGACUACAUAGUGCUUGACUAUAUGGGACUUUCACCUGAUCCUGCAGUCUGUUCUUAUGUUCUUGUACCACUAACCUCUUAGAGUUCUUUGAGAGUGUCAGCAAACGUAUUGGUAGAGGUGAACCUGUUGAUAUUGUAUGCUUUUGAAACAAUACCUCACCAAAGGCUCCGGAGUAAGCUUAGCAGUUAUGGAAUGACUAAAGGUUCUGUUAUUAAUCAGUAACUGGGUAAGAAACAGGAAGCAGUGUGUAGGAGUAAAUGGACAGUUCUCCCAACAGAGGGAUGUAGAAAGUGGAGCUCCCACAAUGACAGGCAUUAGGACCUGUGCUUAGGAAUGAGCAGUGAAGCAGCAAAUUGUUCAAGGUGGUUAAAAUGGAAAUGCACUGUGAGGAGCUUCAAAAGGAUCUCUCUAAACUGGAAGAAUGGGCAAUAAAAAGAGAAUGCAGUUCAAUGUAAGCAAGAGUAAAGUGAUGCACAAUAGGGGGGAAAUGAUUAAUUUCACAUAUAUGCUAAUGGGAUCUGAACUGAUGGUGACUGUCUAGGAAUGGGACUUGGGGUCAUAGUGGAUAACUUGAUAAAGAUGUGUGUGGCAGCUUUGAAAAAAGCAAAUUCCAUGUUGGGAUCAUUAGGAAACAGAACGGGAAAAAACCUGCCACUAUCAUAAAGUUUGGUGAUCCAUAAUUUAGCAUGACUAUUCUUAUGAAUCACAUGAACUGUGCUUUUUGGGAAAUGCCCAUGAGUUCUUUACACAUACAGUUCUGAAGAAAGCUAUUGUAUGAAUUUCCUAACAUUGUUGUUUGCAUUUCGUGGUAUAAUAUUUUUUUAUAAAAUUAAGAAAUUAAAAUCUAAUUAGAACAUAAAUUUACAGCCUAUUACUAUAAAUGUGCAUCCCACUUGGGUCUUUGGAGAUGCUGCCAGAUUUUUAUACGAGACUUAAUUUCCUUUUUAAAUGAGUUUUUUUUUUUAACAUCCCCCUCAAAACAGUUUUCCUUCUGUCCUUAACAAGCUAGCAGAAACGGAUUGAGAAAACAUUGCUAAAUCCUUCAUUUUUCUCUAACGGUGCAUUGACUUAUAUUAGUCUCGCAUCUUAUUAGAGGGCUGACAAGAGUAAUCUUUCUUAACCCCUUGUCACUUUAAGGCAGGAUUUCUUGGGUGAGAAAAGCUUGUUUAUGCCUCCUGGAACCGCUUGAUGCACCAUGUUAACCAGCAACAGCUAAUAUGUAAUGUAGUGCUCUUCCUUCAUUUUCAUUGCAUGAAAAUACAAUAGAGUACAUUCUUUCCCCUCCUCCCGUCCCUGUUUAUGUAUUCUAAGGAAAGCAGCAUGAAAAGUAAUACCCAUUUGCCAUAGGUGGUAAUAACUAAGGCUGCAGCUUAUACCUCGGAUAGGAGAUGACUAUUAAGGUUUUUGUGCUGGCUUUUGUACUCAACAUAUUACGGAGACAUUGGAUAAAACACACCAAUUAGUUGUCUGGGUUGUUUUAAAGUUUGUGGGCUCAUAGAGUAAUGUUUGAAACUAAAAUAGCAGUCUGUGCUUGUGGUCAAAGAGUUGUAGCCAACAAAGGUACAGCAGAUCCAUUGACAUUAAUGGACCUAAGUUAGUCAUAAAAAAAAAAAUGUCUAGUGGCACCUUAGAGACCAACUAAGUUUGUUCUGGAUAUAAGCUUUCGUGUGCAUGCACACUUCUUCAGAUACGAUAAAACAACCAUUUAGUUUCAUUGAUACCAAUAUUGAUAGCAGUUAUUACAUACAGACUACUUCCAUUUGCACAGCACAUGAAUAGAUAUACUAUACUUACUGCGACAUUCUGAUAGUAUGAAAAAUCUUUUGAGAUAGUCAAGAACAAUAUUCAAUAUUCAAUAUUGGUAUCUGAAGAAAUGUGCACUCACACAAAAGCUUAUACCCAGAACAAACUGAGUUGGUCUCUAAGGUGCUGGUGGACUAUUUUUUAUUUUUUAUUAUUUAUUUCGACUGCGUCAGACCAACACGGCCACCUACCUGAAUCUAAGUUAGUCGUGCGCAUUAAUUUCAGGGGUUUACUCUGUAACUUAGUCUGAUUCAACUCAGAGAAAGAAAAACACAAGUACAAAACAUUAAAUUUGUUCUUUUCUAAGCCUUAUUAUUUUUAAGCCACUUGAAUAUUGUUCUUGAAUUUCUCAAAAGAUGUUUCAUACUAUCAGAAUGUCACAGUAAGUAUAGUAUAUCUAUUCAUGUGCUGUGCAAAUGGAAAUAGUUUGUAUAUAAUAACUGCUAUCAAUAUUGGUAUCAAUGAAACUAAAUGAUUGUUUUAUUGUGUAUUUUAAGCUGUGUAUUGUGUAUUUUAAUUAUGGCAUGCUUUUAAUGAUUCUGUAUUUUAACCAUGUUGUGAAACUGGUUUUUAUGCUUUGUAAACUGCUUACGAACAUCCAGACAUUAAGCAGUAUAUAAAUUUAUGCAUCAUGGUGAUACAGAAUGAGAGAAUUGUUACCCAGCGCAGGGACAGGUUUAAAUAACAAUUAUUUAUAAAAGCCAUAUAGGUACAAGAAGACAACAAAUCACCCAUGGCAUUUGUUUGUUCUUGGUUUUUUUUAAGGUUUUGUCUUCUGAAUUGAACAUGUAUGAAUCACAGAGUCAAGAAUACAAAUAUGAAAUUGAAAGACUUGCCAAUGAGCUUCUAAAUGUAAAGAAGAAAUACCUCACCCAAAAACGCAAGGAACAUGAAAACAAGUAAGUGAUAUUACCAUUACAUAAUUACAUUAUUUAAUAAUAAAUUACUGCCCAGCUGAGAUCGGAUUAUGACAGCAAUCUCAUGUGUGUAGAUACAUGUUCCCCUGGUGAGAUAUGUGAAAUUGCCAAAUAUUGAGUACUUUCUGUAAGUCACUUGUGUGAAAAUUCCCCCAAGUGUAGUUUUAUCUCUUUUUCCAUGUCAGUGCCCGGCUUUCUUAAUCCUUUAAUUGCAACUCUUUUUUUCAGCCACAUCCUGCCCUCUUCCCCCCUGCAUUUAAUUUCUGUUCUGGUCUUUUUAUGUUGGUCCAGACUCAAGUAAACAGUUGCACUAGCAGGAGACAGUGCAAUGAGUCCUGCUAGUGCAACAGGGCUCCCCCCUUCUCCCCUGUGCAUACCUCGUGCACCCACUUCCACCCCCAAAUUGGCUGUAGGGGAAGGAAAGGGGAGAUCAUUUCAUCUUCCAAGAAAAAAUGUUUGCACUGACGUAAUGAUCAUAAUAGCUUGAUGCUGAAUUCCUCUCUGAGUUUGCUCUUUCCAGACAUAUUUUAAUUGCAUCCCAUCACUGCUUUGUUUGGUGUAUGGGGUGUUAGCAGUUUGACUUCACCCCAGAAGGCGCACUCCAUUGUCUCUCGAGACAGACGGAUGCCAAUAACUGCUUUGCUGUUUCUCAUUGAUGAGGGCUUUGUUCCUUCACAUGGGAAUCUGAACAGAGUAUAUAGUCAGUCUUCCAAAACUAGCUACAUAUUACAAAACCCCGGACCCAGGGGUCAGCAAACUUUUUCAGCAGGGGGCUGGUCCACUGUCCCUCAAACCUUGUGGGGGGCUGGACUAUAUUUUGAAGAAAAAAAAAUGAACGAAUUCCUAUGGCCCACAAAUAACCCAGAGAUGCAUUUAUUAUUAUUAUUAUUAUUAUUAUUAUUAUUUAAAAGCACACAUUCUACUCAUGUAAAAACACCAGGCAGGCCCCACAAAUACCAUAUUUUUUGCUCUAUAAGACUCACUUUUCCCCUCUAAAAAGUAAGGGGAAAUGUGUGUGCAUCUUAUGGAACGAAUGCAGGCUGCGCAGCUAUCCCAGAAGCCAGAACAGCAAGAGGGAUCACUGCUUUCACUGCACAGCGAUCCCUCUUGCUGUUCUGGCUUCUGGGAUUCAGAAUAUUUUUUUUCUUGUUUUCCUCCUCCAAAAACUAGGUGCAUCUUGUGGUCUGGUGUGUCUUAUAGAGCGAAAAAUACGGUAAGCCAGAGAUGCAUUUUAAAUAAAAGGACACAUUCUACUCAUGUAAAAAUAUGCUGAUUCCCAGACCGUCUGUGGGCUGGAUUUAGAAGGUGAUUGGGCCAGAUCCAGCCCCUGGGCCUUAGUUUGCCUACCCAUGCCCUGGACCAUCCCUGCUUCUGGAAAUUCUCAAGAUCACACCUGUCAAUUCAAAAUCAUUCAAACAUCACAAUUUGCUUAUGCAGAAACCACUUAACAUGAGAGAAACCCCAUGUUUAGAACUUCAUGUGAUCACACACAUGCCUAUUUAGCUGCAUGUACACGCUAUUUACCUGAUCUAAUAGUCUCUUGAUUCUGUUCUCAGUCACCAGUAUUGAUUUUUGCAAUCAUGCUUCUCCCCAUCUAUGAAUUAGAUGUGCAUUGGGCAGUUCAAAUAAUUUAAUAUAUUCCUUCUAGCACUCCUUCCUGUGCUAGAACGUGAUUUUUAGAACCUGCACUAGUACCCAUUUAGAAAUAUGGAAUUUGAUUUCAAACUAGUUACUUCCUUUACCACCCGAACUUCAUGUUUUUAGAUAGCAAACAGUUCUGAUGACUGAAUUAGCAAAACAGUCAGCAAUCAAAGGCGACCUCUGCCCAUCUGCAAAUGGCAUAAUGUUGCCUUGAUGUUUGGAAUUAGCAACAAUUGUUCGUGCCUAAUGGCCUUCCUGGGGCUUUAUGAUCAAUACACAAAGCUACCAUAAUGUCUAGCGAUCCAUUUCCAACAGCUAAGUGUCCUUUUGAAAACAGCUAUAAUCUUUAGAAUUUGAACCCUGGGCUUUGCUUUUCCAUUUCAGCAUUACAGGGGAAGAAAUUCACUCUGCCGUAUUUUAUUUCUAGAAUUUCAUUUCCUGCUACUAUUAUAUUUUUAAAGGGCAAUGGACCAUCUAUAAGGAAUAGAGUUACGCCUAGAUAUAUAUGAGUAUUACAUACAGUACUAUGAGGUUUUCAUUUUUUGUCAGUUUUAUGCCACUUCCAUAGUAAAUUAUGUUUAUAAGUCCAGAAAGGAGAAUUAUGCUAUCUCCUUUCUUCUUUUUUAUUUUUAUUUUUUUCUUAUUAUUUCCUUCCCCUUCCUUCUGCCUCCAAAAUAGUCAUGUAGUCAAGGGGACCUGGACAUGUUUAGCUACUUCUUUCUAGUGUAGUAUAUAGUCCAGUGUCUAUUACAGCUUGAAUAAAUUUGCAGUGUAGGGCAUGAUUGUGGGACUGCUACAGAAAAUCGUCAUAAGCUCCCUUUUGCUUCUUGCUCUCUGUUGCAUGUUUGGAUCACAGCACAUUAGUCAUUAUUUAGGAGAGUUUGGUGCAGUUGCAUACAUGCUUGCAACAAUCUCACCCUUUCUCUUUUCCUCAGUGCCACAGUCCUUGAAUUACUUUUUAAAAGAAAACAUUUACUAGGAAGCAAAUUUAAAAUAUUCUCCAGGAAACUAUUUAGUUUUUUGAACCAUAGGGUUGUAUCCAACUAAGUUCUACUCAAAAUAUAUGCAGUGGAAGUAAUGGACCUUAGGUGAGACAUGCCCAUUAAUUUUAGUGGGUAUGCUUUGGGGAUAACUAGCACUGGAUACAUACAACCUAUUGUUAGCUUCAGACAUUUUUGAGGCUUUGAUCUGUACCAUAAAAAGUCCAAAUUUUUUUUUAAAUUGUUAGAAAAAAAUAUAAUACAGCAUUUUUGUGCUUUAGUACCACCAGUUUACAGUGAUCUGAUAAAUUUGUUUGAAUAUUUUGCUCCAUUUAUGUAGUUGUACAUCUCAGUUCAGGAAAAUGUGUCUUUCACAUUGCUCUCCUGGCCCCCCCCCCCCAUUAAAUAUCUGAUAGUUAAACUAUGCUGCUUUCUCUUAAGGCUGCUAAAUUCAAGUUGUGAUUGUUCUUCCUAUGGCUUUAAGUCUAAUGGUCACACCUAUCAGUUCAAAGUUAUAUAGGCAGUGUUGGCUUUGUGUAAAAAGAACUGGAUAAUUAUCUCUAUAAGUCUGUUAAAUGGUGAAAAUGGCUAACACAAUUUCUUCAUUAAAAUUCAACAAAGGGGGGAAAAAUCCCUUUUUUGCCUUUGAUGAUUUCAGCUUUUUAUUUGAAAAACAAAUAAUCAUUUGGAGGAACAGUGCCAAGAUUAGAAAUUCCAAGUCUUACAUUUAUUAUUCUUUUAAUGAGAAACUGUGACCAUUUUGAGAGGGUAACAUUAGGAGAGCUCAUUUAGUUCUAAUUUUUAAUAAUUCUGCGUACCAUAAGCAGUCCCCUAAUUAGAUCCAAACAGGCAUCUGAUUGUGGUUGUUUAGCUAAACAAGCUUUCAUCAACUUAUUUUUAAUGAUCUCCUGAUAGAGCUAUUGCUGCUAUUAAAACUUUUGGAACUUUUCAAAAUGAUACUGAGAUAAAAAAUGUAAUAAUAUGCCCUCUUUCUUUCUUUCUUUCUUUCUUUCUUUCUUUCUUUCUUUUCUACUUCCAUCCCUAAGGGAAAAGGAGAGAGCCUUGAGUAACAUAGAGCAUGACUACCAAGGAACGAGAGCCAGAGCUUCACGCUUCACCGGAGGUGGUUUCCCACUUAGCAACCCACCUCCCAAAAUUGUAGCCUAACACCAUUGCAUCAUUAAACCUCAUCCACUAGAAUGGAAAAGAGACAUUGGCAUGUCCAGCUGAACUAAAAUGUUUUUGAAUACAGAUUAAAUAAUAUUAUGGUUUUUAAAAUAAUUUGUAGCAAAAUAUUUCUUCGAGGUUACUGUGUUCUUUCAUUAAAGGUAGCAUUCUGGCAUAGGCAAUGCUAUUUUUUAUGCCCAGUUAGUUGAAUGCUGCACAUAAUGAAGUCACUCCCCAUCCUAUAGAUAUAUUUGGAGCAGAUAUUUCGAUUUUACAGUUUUUGUUGUACUUCAAAGUACUCAAGACUAGAAGUAAGUUCAGUUGAAAUCAGUGAUACUUGCUUCCAAGUAAAUACAUUGCAUAUAAAAUUGUAAUCAACUGUAAAAGAUCCAUAUCUAUAUUGGCUUAAACUACCUCUUCUUCAGCAUGAAAAAACAUGAAAAAUAACUAGAAUGCUAAUAAUUUAGCUUAAGAAAAUAUAAAGCUUAGAAUUCAUCACUUUAUCGGAACAACAUUAAUCUGUGAAAGUUUAAAGUCAUAGUGUUAAACAUUCUCAAAACUGAUUAGGAACAUUGGGAAGGUAUGCGAUAACAUACUGGUGAAUGUAUUUCCUUUUUAUGCUAGAUAGCUAGUAUGAUGGCAACAUCUUUGACUGUACAUUUAGAUUAUGCCUAUCUUUCAUUAAUUUGUUUCUCAUGUAUCAAAUAUAGAGUCGAAAUAUAACCAACCUUACAUUUUCGUACCUGUUAAAAGGAAGACACUGAUUUAGUUCUGCAACAUUUAAAGAUUGUUUACAUUUUACAUAAUACCUCCCCACACCAAAACCUUUUCAACCAAAGAGAUUUAAUUAACAUUCAUUAGCAAGCCAUUUAAUAAUGUCAAUGUGUGAGGUACUGAAGAAUGGGGAUAAGAGUUUAAAAUAAAAUGUCUUUGAUGUAUUCUUGCCUCAGGGAUGAAAAACUCCCAGGAGAAAGCCUGAUAAAUAUUUCAUUAAAAAAAACUUUCCAGAGAUAUUGAUCUUUUGUUUGGUGGAAUACAGAAUUGUAUAUUAAAGCCCCUUUGGAAAACUA